UGUAUUUCAGCUGCUCCAUAUAUAUUUUUAUUUUGCAUUUCCAGCAAGCAUUCAUAAAAAAGACAAAUUACUAAAAAUAUUAAAUAAAUAAUUCAGAAAUAGCAAGAGUUAAGGGGCAAGAAAGGGCAAUGAGGAAAAUGAUACCCUCUGAGAUCACUUUACUGUUGGCAUGCUCACACAGAAGCAGAUUAGACCCACCACAUAAGGUAGAAGAUGGGAAUAUUGUGGGAUUGUCAGCUAUUGACAGGUUUUUUCUGUCAAUUGCAAGUGAGGUUAAUGAUGGGGAGAAAGUAGAGUAUGUGUGGAAUGCACAUGGCAUUGUGAAAUAAAUAUGCCUGUUGCCUGUCAUGUUGAAAAACUCCAUUGUGUUGUUAAGUCAGGCCACUGAGCUUUGGCUUAGACAUGCAGGACCAAUUUUCUCAAGUAUCUUUCCAUGGUUAAGUUAGGGUUGAAUUUAAGCAUGAACUUUGGUUUGUCUAUAACCUAUCAUCAAUGCUCUUAAAGUAACUGCAAUGACAUCACUGUUUUUUGUUCCUGGCAACAGAAAUCACACGACUAAUUCCACUUCAUGUGAAGCAAUAGGCUAAUGAGGAGAUGUGUGAGCCAUGCACCCAAAUUAUUGCAGUAAUAAGUCCUGCUAUGCAAUCUUCUUCAUGAGAAAUAUUAUGCAGAACAUUAAGCUGCUGGUGAAGUCUUAUAUAUUUAUAUGUUUCCUUGCCUUGUCAAUAUGGAACAAAGAUUUUAAAGUGUGCACUUAAACAAUGACAUAAACUAGGAGCUUUAUUUAAAUCUGCUAGUCUUAUUUAGCUUUGAACAAUUUGCUUUCCCUCAACAACAAAGAUAUAGGUUUCAAACUGAGAAACAUAUUAUUCCAAUGCUUUUAUGUUUCAGCUGUGAUGUUUCAGCAUCAUAUAAGCAAAACAGCAAUCAUUAGGUUAGCCUCUAAGCUACUCAGACAAUAAAAUACAUUAUUUUAAAAAUUUGAAUCGGUAUCCAGGUCUCUUUCAAUUUAGCAUGCAGUCAGCUUACAGUUAAGGCUACAGAGAUGUUGUGGUGGUAAUGUAUUCUCUUUUGCUGUUGGUCAAUGCUGCCUUUUGGGCAAUGUAGCUGAUAUUCGUGGUGAAAUCUGAUUUGUUGCUAGCUAUUUUACUUUUGUAAUCAGCAACUUAAAUACAUUAGAGAACCUUUAAUACAAGCAUGAUUGAUAAGAACAAAUACAACUGAAGUCUUGUGACAUGUUAAUUACCCAACGGAUAGAUGCUGUGGAAUAAGGUUUUGCAGAUUAGAACACCAUUGUUCAUUUUUAACACUUACUGCUCAUCUGUAUUAUUUCUCUUUAAGGCAAACCAGUAUAAAAGAGAACUUUAAAGACCUGUAGUUUUAAUAAUAAGGCUGCUGACCUCCAUGAUGCAGGAAACAUUGCAAAUUCCUUCAAGAAGGAAAGUGGAUGGAAUCUUAGGUGAUAUCUCAAUGGUGAACUGAGACUUUGGCAAAUGUUGCAUUUGGUCACCAUAGUUUAACAGAAGCAAAACUGGAAAGGUUACUUUGAGGGAACACAGCUUCCAGAAUCUCCAAAUCAGCAUCACCAGUAACUAUGCAAGUUUGGGGGUUCUGGGAAACGUGCUUCUAAAAGUCAAUUUUCUUAGUGCUACAUAGAAUGUGGAAUUUCGAAUCAUAAAAAUUGUCAUGGAUAGUAAAAGAGAGAAGAGGUUAACAUGCCAACAUCUGUUAAAUGCAGGGGAACUGUUUGCCUCAGGUCAUCUUCUGUGUAUCUAUAUGAAGAAACAAGAGAGAGAAGACGACCUCAUCAGAUGGGCUGAUUUACUUGUCGUAUGCCACUUCUUCUCCCCUUUCUCCAUGGUGUAGUGAUGGAGACAGAGCUGAAAUUGGUCCUAGCUCAAAUUUCACUGUUUCCAUUGUCUCAUUUGAUGACCUUAAAAUCUCAGCUACGGACUUCAAUUUCCAAAAUAGAUGUGCAUUAUGAUUCUCAGCAAGACUGUUAUAAGAAUCUUCCAGAAUUUAUACACAGAAACAUUUAUGAAGAUGUUGCAAAUUGUAGUUGAUAAUCAAACACUUGAGCCUGUUUACAUAGGCAGCCUGAAAAAACAGGAUAUAAUAAUUUCCCCAAUAGUUGACUCUGACUUUUUUAUAAUUACAUCUAGAAAGUAUUGAAAAAGUAUUAUAUCUAGUCUGAUGCCAAAUAAUUGAAAGCCACCACUAAAAGAUAAAUUUAUUCUGACAACAUUAUCAGCAGUACAAAAAAAAUGGCACAAUUUUUUACCCCUGUAGAUUGUUAAUCAGUGAAACUGGGUUAAACAAUGCCUUGAGUUACACCUGUGGUGGACCUUUGUAAUCAGUAGGUAGCUGACUGCAAAAGUUAACACUGAUGAAGAAUAUUUUAAUGUCUCCUACACUUCCUAACAAACAGUGGCAUUAAAUUGGUACUUGGUGAAGACAUAACAUCCAUGUAUAGAAAUUUUGUAGAAUCUCAGUCCCUGCCAAUGCUCUCCAUUUUAGUUAAAAAGAACAUUCAAAAUACUUUAAGAAGUGUUAUGUUUCAUUUAUGACAUCACUGAUUUUUCUGAAACCUUCACUAAAGAAAUAUAAUUGAUGCCUGUCUUUUCAGUGAUGCAGUAUUUUCUGGUGAUGGUCUCCAAACUCUAUAAUACUUCUUCAGACAGUGUUAUGUUUAGUAGUAUGGAAACAGAAUGAUGUACUGAUUUGGUUUCUGGACUAAAACUCUGGAGACCAGGGCUUGAACUCCUUUUCAGCCAUAGAAACCCAAUGGGUGACUUUUGGUAGGUCACAUACUCUCUGACUCAGAAACACAUAUGAUAAGUUUUUCUUAGGGUUACCAUAAGUUGGAAACAACUUGAAACCAGACAACACAUAAUGUUUAAUAGACCAGCACUGUGAAAAAAUGAAAUGAAAUUUGUCAUGGAAAGCAUUCCAGAAAUACAUGGCCAGUAAUCUGUAGUUGAAAACUGCUAGUGCAACCAGAUAUAAUAUGCGGAGUUGAACAAUAGCAACACAAGGAGGAAUAAAAGGUUUCUUUACACAAGCAGAAAGGAAGCAAUGAAAGUGAUGGCUACACAAGGAAGCUUCAUGCUUCCCUCCAAAGGUCAACUUUGAACACCUGUUUACUUAGCCCAUGUAACCAAGGCAUUAUGAGAUCACUCCUUUGAAAUACCCAUUCUGCAAGAAGGAUUUUCAAAUGCCUCUCACGUGAUCUCUAGGCUACAAGUAGCCUUCAAAGAAAAACAUUAAAGAAUUAAAUGGAUUGGAACCAGCUUGUUCAACCUCACACACCUUUUUUUCUCAGUGUAACUUUGCAUUGCCACAUCCUGAUGCCUUCUGCAGCCCACAUAUUGCUCUAAGAGAGCAUAUGGGAUCCUGGCCCACUUUUUACUUUUCAUUCAUUGUAUUCAGAGCCAUUGCUCUGCUUCCCAGUUGGCCAGUUUGGGUGAACUGGCUUCUGAGCAUUUCUGGGGCAACUGUUAUUCCUCACAUCAUUACACCUUCUUUUCUACUUUUUUGAGUAUGGAGGUUGUUGUCAUAAUUACCUCAUGUGCCAACAGAUCCCAUCUUCCAUCUGCAGAAUGAAGAGACAGAGAGAAAUGUGUGGGAGUAAGAAGGGAGGAAUAAGGGUGUAAUCUUUGCUAAUUUCAGUCCCUAAGAAUUAUCAAAUUUCUCCCAAUUUUUAAGAAAGUUUUUGAGAACUGCACAGUAUGUUUAGACUAUUCACAGUUGAAGAUAUAAUUCUUAACUAAAACAUAGUUAAUUUAAAUUUGUUCCCUCCCUCUCUCUGUGUGUGAAUUCUGUGAAAAAUAUGUCUUAAACUGUAAAGAUCCUUAUCAGUUGCUGAUUCUCUUCACUGGGGUUGACUGGUACUUAAGAAACACUAUUUUGACAAUUUCUGGUCACAUACUUUCAAAUAUAUUUUCAAAAUCUUCGAGGAGGUCUACACAGUCAAUAAACAAAGCCUUCCUUGCAGCUUUGAAGGGAUAUCUAAGAAAUAAAAAAAACAUGGAGAGGAGGGUAAGGGCAAAUGGAUAACAUGAAAUGUUUAUCGGAGGACAACUUUUGUCUCCAGAUCUGUCAGUUGUUACUCUUGACCACUGAAAUAUAUUUUAACUGAUUAAUAGCUAUAAUACUAUACAAAGAAUAAACUAUAUAGCACUUUGCUUUUUACCAAGGUAGAAUAUUCUAGGAUUUUUCUAUUUUUAAAAAUGUCAUUUAGUUGUUGUAAUAAGAGAUUUAUGACAUGUGUCUUUUAUCAUCCUGUUAUAUAACAGGCACUUUGAACAGAUAUAGAAUCAAGCUAAAUGGCAGUGAAAGCUUAUGCCAAAUAUGAAAUGAAGCCUAUAUAGGAGCAUUUGAAGCUGUGAUUUGAGGUUUUGCUAUCAGCAAGGAAUGCAGAUUAGCUAGUCAUUUAAUUUGAGAAAUGCCCAUUUGAUAUAAAAUAUAUAUUUCUGAAUUGAAUUAAAUAUAUGAUAUAUAGCGACUGGACUUCUCUUCAAAUUGUGUUUAAUAUAGUAGUAAAGAUAGGCCAUUCUAGGAUAAUAAUUCCCUUUCUCACUUGGACAUCUAGCUAGCUUCAUGAAACCCAUUGGACAUUUAAGGAUUUCCCCCCAUUGCCUUACUUUCAUAUCCCCAAUCCCAUCCCUUUUGAUUCAAAAGUCUUCAUUUUAUCUAGAAACACUGGUAUAAACAGUGGAAGUGCUUGGUUUCCAUGUCUGAGUGUUCAGUUCCUUCCGUGUUGUAUUCCAAGCUUUAAUGGAAGUAUUCAAUGUGCUGAUACCCAUCUUGGAUAGCUCACUUAAAAUUAGUAAAAAACCCAUAGUGGAUUCAAUGACAUGGAACCUACCAGCUGCCAAUGUUAAGACCACAGAACAAAUUGCAUUUGCGCCUCUUGUUGACACACUUCUUUCUUGAAAUGGAGAUGGGACUGUCACACCUCUUAUCAUGACAUCAGGAGUUCUGGGCUCAGUCAUUCCUCAGUUUCCUCCCUAAUUUGGUCAAGAUUCAUACUCUGUCACUAUUCAGCUGGUACGUCCUGAGAUCUCAAUGCAUAUUGCAAUACUCCUGCCUAGUCAAGGAUCCAAUUGAAUACAUUCACUUGUGGGAGAAGCCAUGCUAGCUACUCCAGGGAGAAAUAAAUUUCCUAUCUCUAUCUGCAUUGGAAGGCUGAGAUUCUGAGCAGAGGUUGACUGGUGUGGAUUAUUAGGGACAGGAGACAAGGAUGUGUUGUUGCAGACCUAGGGUGGUUGUCUAAGGAAGAGAACUGGCUGCCUCUUAGAAGCAGUGAUGGAGCUUUUCCUACCAGUAAAUUUGCAAUGGGAUCUUGGCCCUGCCAUCCAGAAACCCUCCCACAUUUGUUUGUUUGUUACUUACCAGUGAUCAAGCAGGUUUUGUUUCUGUGGCUAAUGUCCUUCAAGAGAGCACAGAGAAUGCAGCCCUAGCUAGAACAGAAGUGAGUAGGCACAAGAAUGUGUAUGAUACUCAUUGUUGAGAAAACUAUUUAUGCUUGUUAUGUGUUGAUAGUUUAUUUUAAGUGCAAAACUGUUAUGCAGUCUGUUUGGCACUUGCAAGACUAUGCUAAUUUUUUCUCUCCUACUUUCAGCUGUUAGACAAAAUGACCUUGCUGUAAAGUUAAUAAAAAUUUCAAAAAGUGUGCUUUAACAUGUUAGAAUUAUUUUUUGCAGAUGUAGAAACCAUAGAUGCACACACACACACACACACACACACACACACACACACACACACACACACACAUCCAAAUUCUCUAAUGUGAUUUCAUGUAUUAAGCCUGUAAACCCUAGAAUCUAUAGUAGGAAGAUGCCAAAAAUUCUACUAAAAAUUAAUAUUUAACUUAGGAAACAUAUCAAUUACACCAGAUAGAAUAAUCCUGAGAAGAGUGUUUGAGUUAUAGAAAUACAAAUAUCCCCAUCAUACACUAUCUAACAUUUUGACCCCAGUUUGUGACUGAACACAUGUGAGAGAACUUCUUUAUGUCAUUCUUACUGCAAGCAUUUACUUGUUCAGUGUUAACAGUCAAAGUUCUUAAAUGGUGGCAUGUUUUCUAGGAAAAACGUAGCCACUUUUGCAAUUUUUCCAUUACAAAUUAAAGCUCUUCCUUACAAUACUAGGAUGUCAUUAUGUGAAUCUGAAUUGUAUAAAAGGAAUUUCAGAAUGUAGGAAAUCAGGGGGACUCAAAUUGCAGUCCUCUGCGAAAAACAGUUUCUUCAAGUAAUGAUUUGGAGUUUGAACUCCAAGGGAACAAGGGAACUAUUUUGAUUAUCUCAGCAUUAUAGUGGGGGAAAUGUCAGCUAAAUAAUUACUAAAUAGCCAUAAUGUGGCUAUAACUCACACCUAUAUAUAAUGCAUUAGAGUGAGAGAACGAGAAAGCAAGAGACUCAUAACAAAUUCAGAAUUUGAGAAAUUGUCUCCUUUUAUCCAGGUCCAGUACACCAUCCAUUUAGGCACACUGGAUGCAGGAUUGAGCGUGAAUUCAUUUCUGAUAAUUCAUUGCUAAUAACGUACAAAUGCUUAAAAGAACUAGGUGCUUACUCCUUUUGUGGAUUAAUUCUGCCCACAUUAUGAAGUUACAUGUAACUUCUUCAUUUUUAUGGCCUCAUCCAUCUUACCUUUGCCAGUGGGCUAUUAACAAAGGAAUAGAUAGGUAGGAUUCUUGCUUUGCUAAAAUACUGAAAAGAACAUGCUCUUAAAUGUUGCAUUCCGCUUAAGGGUAAAAAGUCUAUAUGUGUAUUAGGAGGGUCUGGGGUGAUUUGUAUUCAUGACGGCUGUGAUAGCACUGAUACCAGCCAGUGGUUUCUAUUUAUACUUUUUCAUACAAUGUCCAGGAAAAUUUGAAAUACUGUACUGACACAGUAUUAGAAUUAAGGGAUAAUAAAAUGCCAUUUCAUUGAAACAUUUGCACUUGUAGAAGGAAUGUGUAGGUGUAUAUGCAUGCACACUUUCAAGUUGUCUGUUAACUUAUGUUGGCCCCAUGAAUUUUGUUAGGGUUUUCUUAGGAAAACAAUAUCAGAGAUGGUUUUGCCAGCUCCUUCCUCUGAAAUAUAGCCUACGGCAUACCUGUGUGAAUGGCCACCAGAGAAAAGGGGUCAUGAGAAAUUUAGCUUUGAGGCAGAGUACAUUCAUCACAGAGUGAAAAUCUUUCUGCAACCAAAGUUUAGGUAGCAGGGGCUCAAAAGACCAAGGUCUUUGGAGAACAUGCAUAAUUAGAUUAAACACAGUCUUGUGCAUUUGUAUGGAAUCACUAUCCGUUUUGUUUGUUUCAUUGGUUUUGCCCCAUUUUCAAUUUGUUUGCUGCUUCUGAAAAUAGGGCACCUAUCGGAAUGGGAGUUUUGUCCCGCAUCUGAAAGAACAAAAAUUUUCGGACCAUUGGCGCCAAUGGGAAGGCUUCCAAGGUUCACCCUCUCCUCAGUUUUAGGGCUAGAGGGAUGAAAAUUGCCAUACAUGGAUGGCAUAUCAACCCCUUUUAGCCCAUGAACUUUUAAAAAGUUUUCUAAAUGGAGAAGGUAGAAGCCCAACAAUUUCUUUCCACUGAAAAAUAUUUGUUUUUUAAAAACCCAAUACUACCCACAGGGAGAAAAAGAAUUGAGAAUAAAAGAUUUAAAGAUCUAAAAAUAUUACAAUACAGCAAAUAGAAGCUACAGAGAUCCCCUUCUUGCCCUCACCCCUGAAGCCCUGCAUGUGUUCCCCAACCAAACUCACCCUACCCCACCCCUUCAAAAUCCCAGCCCCCUUCCCUUCAAAGAAAGAAUAAAAAAUAGAAGCCAAGCAGCCAAGGUUGGGAAAAAAUAAAAUACAAGCAAAUCUCUUUCCCCUGGCAGCAAGGCAAGGAAGGAAGGCAAGGCAGGAAGCAAGGCAACAAGGCAGCAAGCAAGCACACUAGCACAGAGAGGCUGAGUGAGCUGAGCUAACAGCAGCAAGCCAGCCAGGCAGCCAGCCAGCAUCAGCAAAGGACGCACCCACAAUGGGAAGUUUGGGGGUGAGCACUCCACUAAAUACCCUGGCAAUGUCACAGUUUCCUUGUCUUCUGAUUGGCCAAAAGCUCUAAACAUCUCCUCCUCCUCUGACGCAUGCGGAAGAACUCCCUGGGCCGUGUGAGGAAAGUCAUGCGGCUUGAAAACCAAACAAAGAAAUGGAAACCGUGCAACUUUCACUUUCUUUUCACCUUUUGUUUCAUCUGAAAAUGGGGUCUUUCAUUUUGUUCCAUCCAAAUGGAUGGUAUGAAACAAUUACCCAAAUAAAACAAUGGAACAAAUACUGCAUACACCUCUGUUAGGCAGCACUGGGCAAAAUUAGUUGACUCAAUGUGAAGUAGCUUCCCAUGUUCAGGAUCUUAUCUAGAAAAGGAGGUGCCAGCCUUACAGCAUUAUAUCUUUAGCUGCAGAAGGAGACAAGUAUAAAGAAAUGUGGCAACACCUUGCAGUCUUUCUUAAAUCCAAGGCGUGCAACCUUCUCCAGCUCUAAGAGAGAUAUAUAUGAGAGCCUUUUCUGGGAUGAAGGGGCACAUCUCUUGCACUGGGAAAGGAAUAUUUCCUUAGUUCCAUUUCUUUGCUCUCUAUCCCAUCAGCAGGACUUUGCUAAGAGGAAUUAAAUUAAUCAAACAGCUUGGUAAAUAUUUGGGAGAGCAAGUCAUCUUAUGCAGCGGUCAUUUUGCUACUUCAGGAUUCAUUUGUAAAUUUGUUCUUUGAGACUCAUUUGUCAAAUGAUUCUAACUCUGAUAGAUUCAAGGUCAUGAAGCAGCAGCAGUUUAAAUAAAAGGGGGUUACAUGGUGAGGAGGAAGCAGAAAUUCAAUCAGAAAAGGGAUUUUUAAACUUCAUAUUUUUGUUAGCCUUUCAAAGUUAAAGACCUGGAGGGACGAUGGCGGGGAGUCUGCCUGAAUUAAGAUAUAAUAGAGACAAGCAGCUGGAGUAUUUGAGCCUAUUGUCAGGGCACAUUCACAAUUUUUUCUUUUAAAAAUUAGGUACUGUUCCAUUAUCCAGGUGAGGCCAAAAGGGGGUGCUAGAGAGAGAAAGAUAGUCCAUUUUAUGGGGGUGGAGGGUGGGUUGAAGGAGGAAAACCAUUUCCCCCUGUUUUCCUAUUAUUUCCCCCACUCAUGUCCCUAUCGUGGAAACAACCCUCAUUUAUGACAUGGGAAGUGGGGAGGGGGGAUAACCAGUCAAAACGGGGGUGGUGGUGGUUUUCCUCCUUCAAAUCCCCUCUGUAAAACAGACCAUCUUUCUCUCUCUAGCACCCCCUUGUGGCCUCUGCCUGAAUAAUGGAACAGUACCAAAAAUUAAAAUGGAAGUCAUUUCUAGAACUAUGUCCACUUAUUCUGAACAUGUAUAGGAUUUUGCUUCAUUAAAAUAAAGCUACUCUGGGGAACUGGGCAAUAGGGCACACACUCCAAGUGAGGUGAGUGUCCCCAUGUAAGAUUAACAGAUAGUGUCUCAGAACUGGGACUCUGAAGGGUAGAACAGAUCCAUUAUUGGGAAGCUAAUCUCAGGUCACCUCCAGGAGGGAAGUCCCACAGGAAUAAACAGGUUAUCUGAACUAUUUUGUUCUUUUUUUUAAAUGAGAGAUAUGGGUCCCAUUAAUCUAACUUUCCAUUAUUCCUACAAUAAAAAUGAUGGAUUACUGGAAUACCAUAGAAGAUAAACAUUUGUACAAAGGGAGUAGUGGUUGUUUUUUGCAGUGAAGGCUGGAGCUGACUUUACCUUCUGCAAUCUUCAGGGAGUUCUACUCUCCCAAAAUGCUUUUUUUUCAAAUCAGCUUUUUCUGUGAAGGUGAGUUAUUCUAUUUAUUUAUUUAUUUAUUUUAAAAAUAGGAAUUUACUGCCGUUUUACUGUAGGGACUUCAUUAAGACAUUUCACAGGAUUGGUUAAGUCAUUAGUGGAGCUCUGGAGCCUUUGCACACAGAGAUCAAUACUUUGAAAUUUUAGAAGGAACUGUGAAUCUCUGGUACUAACUUUCAGCCACCCUCUCCAGGUCUCCACAUGGGUAUGGGAGUCAAUAAGUAAUUAAAUAAGUGCAUGACUAAGGCCUUUGUAUAUAUCAUAACACACCUUAAUAGCUACUUGUAUUAAUAGCUUUGACAUUUAACCAUAGUAUAAACAUCUACUCCCCCCCCCCUUAUUUCCCAAAGGAAAAGUUGCUGGGAGUGGAUGGCAUGGUUUGACUCUACUAGGCUGUUGUUGCUGUCCUGGGACAUUUCUCUUGGAAGACCUUUACAUUUUAACAUAAAUACUUAAAGACUUACAUUUCAAAUGUUGACUUUCAUAUAACCUUUAUGAAUAUAAAUAUGUACUCAUAAAUUCAAUACAAAGGAGGAGAAAUUGGAAGUGAAAGGUCCACUGUAUUCUUAAUGAGAAAAGGAAAAUGGGAGGCAAGUAAAUGACCUUGUUCUCCUUUUGCUAAAAGUCCAUGGUAUUUUUUUUUAAAAGGAAGUCGAGAUAUAUCUCCAAACCGCAUGGUAAACUGUUGGGUGACAAGAACAGCAUUCAAUUUAAGGAAAUGCUUCUCAACCCUUGGUCCACCAGAUGUUAUGGACUACAACUUCCAAAAAUCCCAGCCAGCUUGCCAGGAAUUGUGGAAGCUGAAAUUCAAAACAUCUGGAGGACCAAAGGUUUGGUUUCAGGUAUAUAGCAAGACCUAUAGAAAUCAGCAUUACAUGAAUAACCAGCUGUUAACAUUUCCCUUCCUAUAGUUUUCCUUUCUUCUAUUUCAGCGAAUAGUGAUACAUUUUGAUGAUUAGAGAUCUCAAUAUUCAGACGCUUAUCUGUUUAUGUGCAAUGUGUUUUUCAUAGGUCUGUGGUGACUGUAUUGUUCCUAAUCUCUCAUCAGUUUAUUUAAUUUAUUAUAUGCCGCCUUUCCUCCAGAGACAAUUUCCCAAAACCAACCACUUCAAAAUAGAUUUCCACCAUAAUGUAGGACGCACACGAAUAUAUUGUUGCUGCAAAAAACUUUUCCUGCUCACUAGCUAGAAGCUAUUGUGAAAUUUGAAGCUAAGUUCAGGAAGGAACAAACUUAGAAAGGAACAGGAAAAAGAUGGGUGUUACAUAUACCAUUAGAUAAAGGAACAAGGACAUGAAAGGUUUUCUAUAAGUUUUCUUUCGGUCUUGCUUGGUAAUGGAUUGCAAGACUGAAAUACACUGAAAAUUGUUAAUUUUAAUACUGCUUUCUCUAUUUGUCCUGUUCUGUAGAUUUCUCCAUUUGCUUGAUGCAUUUAUGUUAGAUAUUUAGAUUUUAAGGACUGAAUUGUCUGUGCCCAUGUGAUCUAUGGAAAGUGCCCUUUGCAUCCUUCAGACAUGUGAAUGUUCAAGAUGAAGUGCACAGUUUCUUGCAAGAAGGCUUGACAGAUACGAAAAAGCCAAGUCAAUGAAAUUUAGGAUUCAGAGGAACUCAGUGUGAUUGAAACAUAGAUUAUUCACAUUCUGACCAAAUAACACAUGCUAACCAACAUAGUCAAUAAAAAUGAAUGCUACUUUAAAGCAUUUGAUUACAUAUCACUAGUUUUUUGUGAUAUUUUUAAAACUUAGAAUCUGAUUUUGUGAGGAUUGCUCCCUUGCAUCUCUGUUAAAAGUUCCACAAAAGAAACAGUAGGUAGAACCUUGGUAAAGAUGUCAUGUUUCCACGCCCCUUUCCUUUCCCUUCCUUCCUUCAUGUUUGUGGACAAUAACUUCUGGUAUUUUCUUAUUAGAAGGAACUGUUUCAUCUAUUCAAAUGUCGUAUACACUUAAGGCUUAUUUAAGAGUAUACAUGUAAGGCUGUUCCUGUUGAUCACAUAGUCAAUGUUAAGUAAUCCUACAUAUGAGGGUAUUCAGAUGACCAUACAGAAGGCAAGGAAGAGGAAUGCUAUAUGUGAGUGAGAGGGUGUUUCUGAUCAUGCAGAGUGCAAUCUAAACUUGUACAUUCAAAUCCAGAGCUCGAACAAGUUCCUGUUUUUGAAUGCAACUUUUGAAAUCCCUAGUCAACCUGUCCAGUGGCUGUGCCACUGGCAGUUGUAAUUCAAGAAGCAACAUGCAUGACUACAGUCACACACCGCCAUCUCUUGAAGGCGCUUAAGGAAUUUCAAAAAUUAUUAUAACUAGCACAGAUCUAGAAUUUUACAUAAUCAAGAAUCCAUUGUUUUGGUUCUAAAAAAUAAAUAUAUGGAUGUUGUAUAAGAAAACUUCGAUUUGGUGUUGCUGCAUAUGCCCUUGUAGCAAGUUUAAUACUGUAUUCUUAUCAUUUGUGGAAAAAAUCUCAAUAAUUAUUUUUCAAUCGAAGUAAUAUUAUUUCAGUCCAGGUAAUAUAAUCUUUUAGUCCAAAACAGUCUAAGAAAUCAUUGGAAAGGAAUAUUUUUAAACAAGUUUUGACACUUUUCUCCUUGAAAUGAUUAAAGCCUGGUUUUGCCUAGGCUAGGAAAUACCAUUAAAUCUUUCAUUUCUAUCUAUCUUUCUGUGAGAAAACAUGAGUGUAUUUUACUUUGUCAUUUUAGGAUAGCAACAUUGUCUGUCAUUUCUUCAGGGGAAAAAAUAACAAUUGUAAAUGGCUUGGGUUACAAAUCAAAAUAUUAUUAACUUUGCCAGAAGCAACUUCUAAAAGCCACUGUUUGUAUUUUGAGCAUAUCACCUACCUUUGAAAAUGUCACUGUACAGUGCUGGAAAUGCUGGUGAUUGAACUUUGGACCUAAAUGAAUACUCAACAUAGAUAUUUUUGAAAGAUGUUGAAGGAAGUGCAAAAUAAUGCACUGCUGAAUAUAAAUUCAAGUUCCUAUUGUUGACUGUAGGACUGAAGUGGAGAAAUAACACAAGGUUUUGAUCGCAGAGUAAAUGUACAAAUAAAAAGUAAUGUUUUGCUAAAUGAUUUUUUAACACAAUGGUCCAAGGAUCUCUAGAAUCGAAGAAAUAAAGCCAGCAUCAUAGAUGUGUAUGCCUGAUUUUAAUCAAAUUAAUCUUAGUCUAAAUUAUCAUGUGUACUUUGUGUACCAGUUAAAAGCAUGUAGCUUGGCAAGUUUGCUUAUUUUAAAUGAUCUUUACAAGCAUAGGAAGUACACCAAGAUUUAUUUAGUUCUCACAUUUAUAUCCCGCCCUUCUCACCCAAAGGGACUCAGGGCGACUUACAAUAAUGGCAACAAUUCGAUGCCCAUACAAAUCAAUAUAAAACAGUGCAUAAAACAGUUAAAAGACACACUUGAGUGAACUUAACUCUUAAUGGAAUGAAGUGUGUUUAAGAAUCACUCAUUUUUUGAUGGAUUAUUGCUUUACCUUUUCCGGUGAGCUGAAAAUGGUGCCAAGUGUGUAUAUUCCAUAUCUGAUUUUAAACUACCCCUUGAGGUUUCCAAGAAGACUGCCAUUGUGCAUGUGCUAAACUGGUAUAAUUCAGAUUCUCAUCCCUUCAAGAAAAUUUCCACUAAACUUUUGUGGUAGUUAUAUUCUAGUUUUAUUUCGUGUAAUUUGACAUUAUCAUAAUACACCCCCCCCCCCACCUCCCAAAGGCAUUGACUUCAAGAGUUUGGGACUUCAACAGAUUUUAUGUCACCACUAAGCAGAAAUAGCAAUACCUAUUUAUAAUUCAAUUUUCUGCUCCAUAAUCUAUCAUUCUAAAUGCCACACAAUCAGUAAUUGGGUAGGAUUUUUUUGCUUAAUGAUCCAAAACGAGCUGUUAUUUGUUUUAAGCUAUUAGCUCCAGAAUAUCAUUAAAAGAAAAGUUUAUUUAUUUGGAUGAUUGAUUAAUUAUAGCUGACUAAUUAAAAUGAUUUAGAUUUCAUAUCUUUUGUCAAGGAUAUCUCUAUUAUCCAUCAAUCUAAUAUCUAUACAUUUGUACAUAUUUGCAAGGAAUUCAGCAGUCAUCUGUUUUUUCUCUUUGGGCAUAUAUUUGCAGUACUGUGGAUCUAUAUUAAUGGUCACAAUGGUUAGAGCUUUAUGCAUUUAAUUAGUAUAUUGGCAAAUGGCUGUGGAGAAAUACAUGGCUGACUCUGGAAAGUGUUAUUAAUAGUUCUUUCAGCACAUUCCCCUCAUCCUCAAUAAGGAAAUGUGAGAAACUCCCUCUCCCAAAUUUUCAAUUUCACAAUCUCCCAUUAUUGAAUGUUAAUGUAAAUUUUGCUCAGUACUUUAUUUAUGUUGCUCACAACAUUAUAUUAUUAUAUGCAUCUAUUUAUCUAUAGUUAUAUCUUGAUUUUCCUUUAAAGAACUCACUAGAGUUGUGUGCACAAACUGUUUCUCUCCAUUUCAUCCGUUCUUUCAUUAUUUUCAUUCUUUCAGGAGCAUGUAACAAGAAGGUCCCUCCCCCUAUGAGAAUCAGCUUGACAUGAAAGAAAAAGGAAGCCUCCUUUCUGGCAUCACAGUUUAAUCUUUUCUAUUAAUUCCCCAACAAACAAAAAGAAAAACCCCAUUCUAUGAAAACUACUACCAGUUGCCUCUCCUCUUCCAGGAGGUCAUUGCUUUUCCUUAUCUGGAAGUGGGAAGCCUCCUUGAAAAGCCUUGGAAGAGUGUGUGGUUGCUGGUGUGCACAUGCACCUGCUUGCAGCUGAGCACCUUCUCUAAAGUAAGAAACAGCUUUAAGAACUUACUUGCCUCCUUUAAAUGCCUUGGAAUGGAAAGUGUGCAUGGCAGCUGGCAUGCACUUAUCUCCUCUAAAGUAAGAAACAGCUUUGAAAACUUGCUUGCCUCCUCUCCUUUAAAUGCUUUGGAAAGAGAGUGCAUGUGGAGUGCAGGCCCGGGAGAUAAAGCGUGGCACCUGCCUACAGCCGAGCGCCUCCCCUUCUAGAGUAGAACAGUUUAAAUGCCUAAAAGGAUGGGAAGGGGAGCCUGGGGAGCCUGGGAACCCCCCCCCCCCCAUAAUCGGCCAAUAGAAAAUAGAUCUUUCAGCUUCCAAACAGAUAUCUGCUCUCCAGAUUUCGGGAGGCUCCCAAAAAUUGAUCAAGGCCCCCGCUGAAAGCCGGGACACAAAACAGGUCAAGGUUUACUCUGAAUGCAUAAGCCUAGAACUCACUGUAUGGCACAUGAACCUUUGGGUUUAUCUUCACCACAUGGGUAAGGCCACCCAGUCAUGGUUGUGGCUGAAUGGGGCAUUUAAAUGUGAGUCUCCCAGGUAGAUAUCCCCUAUUUCUAAUUAAUUUUUUAAAUGAGAGGUUAUCAGAUCAAGUACAAAGCAAUCAGAAUAGAAAAGAAGACAGGAAAGGGCUAUAAUGAUCAGAUCUUACAAGUAUUAAUGUACAUUUAAUGGCACUAUAUAAAUAAAUGAUAAUGAUAAUUAAUAACUGAGAUACUGGUAUUAAAGGUAUUUCUCCAAAGUGAUACAUUGCCUAGCCAGUGCCAGUUCCUUGGUUUUUACCUGUAUGUUGUAUUAUCUGCUAUCUCGUAUGCCUUAUCAUAGAAGAAAGAUAUGAACGUUAAUAGACAAGAGCUGGUGUGUUUAGUUAAUUGUUAAUAAGCUUGGAUAAUAUCAUUUAGCAACACUUACAUUGGAACGAGGGAAAGUUGAUUCUCAUGUUUAUGAUAAAUUGCUCUUUAUAUAUAAAUUAGAUUCUUGCACCAGAAUGAAGUUGAAAAGUGCCAUCCUUACUUGUGUGUGUGCGUGCACACCUUCAAGUUGGCUGUUGACUUAUAGUGACCCCAUGUAUUUCUUUACCCCAUCCCAUAAAUCUUUUGAGAUUUGGUGAGAAGAAAAAUAGCUGCAUGAAGUUUUGAAAGCCCGAUUUAAGAUUCACUCCCUUGCUUCCCCUUUCUUCCUGCUUUAUAGGCUCAUCGCUUGAUCUCCCUUUUCUGAAGUUGUCCAGAUUAUAGAGACAAAAGGAAAAGUCUGAUUUCAGGAAUAGGGAACCUUUAUUAUUUGUAGAGAUGGGGCUACUGAGAAGGUUAACUUUAAAUACCAUUAAGAUAUUUCUUCCCAUCAGAGCUACUCUUGAGUAAGUGACUUGAGUCUUGCAACUGAAGCAUUGUAAUUUCAGAAUCCUUUAGAAAAACCAAUAAGUAGGUUUUCAAAAAUCCAAAAGAACUAGGCUUUGGGUGAAAAAUAAAGGGAAAUGUGACUCCUUUUCAGUCUUUAGGAAUCUAUCCCAUUUAAUUAACAUAUAAAAAUUAACUUGUCUGGACUUGUUAAUGCUCAAAUCCCAACUUAAACUCAAUUGCUUUAGUUAAAAAUAAUGUAAAAUUAUCCUUUUGUGUUAAAACAUAUCUAAUUUAAUCAAUACAUUAAUUAAUUUUAAGUUUCUUUCUGUUACAAUCACAGAGGUUAACUUUUAUCUGAUCAAAAUGAAAUAUUCAUUACUCGUGCUUUUCUUCUAUAAUUGAGUUUUCUAGCCUUUCUUUUGUGUAGCUGCCCUCACUUUGUACCUGCGAUUUUUUAUAAAAAGGCCAUGCACUUAGGUUUGAGGUAUCAUUUUUAUCAAGUGGCUCAGCAGUUGUGUCCAAUCACUGGAUAUACUGAAGGAUUUGAAUUCUUUUUUUCCUUCCAUCAUCAACAAAUCACAUCAGUUAGCAUUAUCCGGUGAGAUAUAACGGUUUGAGCAUUCAGCCGUGAAGAAUGGAGUCUGAGUACUUGCUUGGCCAUGAAAACACACUGGAUGUCCUUAGAAAAGCCUUAAACUCUCAGCCCCAGACAAACCUGAGUUUACCUUAUGGUUAUCAUAAAUUGGUAAUGACUUGAGGGCACACAAUAGCAGCAGCAAUAACAAUUCAGUCCUGCAGCUGAAUUUGAUACCUUUAAUUUAUUUACACAAUUUAUCUCUCACUGUUGAGGGCCUUUGAUGUGAUUGUCAUUUACUUUGUGUUCCCAUCAUCAUCAUCAUCAGUGUGUAUAUCCUGCCUUCUCCUCAAUGAGAGUCAAGGGAUUGCAAUAUUGUUUUUACAAUACAGAUUAAAAACUAUAGAAAACCCUACACUGCAAAUAUAAAUAUAGAAACCAUAUAAAAGUCAAUGUAUAAACAAUGUAUAAAGUUAAAACCAAUGUGAAAUGGCUGUGUAAACACUAUAAAUAAAGUACAGCAUAUCAGGAAAAGUCAAUCCUAUAUAUUGUCUAAAAACCUGAGGUCACAAGAGUGCUUUGAGUAGCCGACUGAAAGAGAGCAAGGAGGAAGCCAUCCUGGCCUCUGUAGGGAUGGAUUUCCAGUGAUAAGACCCUCUCCCUUGUUCCUGGCAAAUGAACCUGAGAAAGCGGUGAGACAGAGAGAAGGACCUCUCCUGAAGAGCCUAGAGCUCUAGUGGGUUCAUAAAGGGAGAUACAUUCCCAAUAUAUCUUAGAUUAUAUUAUUUCUGUCUUUAGGUAUAAUAGAUUCCUUAUUUCUCUUGAAAUAGCUUCCUAUUGAAUAUGGCAAUUCAUUUUCUUUUGAAAUCAUUAUCUUUGAACUUGUCUAGUACUUUCUGAGCCACCUACCUCACUCCCCAGAUAUUCAUUUAUUUAUUCAGUUUAUAGUCCAUCUUGCUUUGGCCAUGGAACCUAAAUUUAAAGAAAGUAGAGUUUACAUAUUUUUAAAAUCCUUUUAAAAACAUUAAAUAAUCUCAAAUAUAGUAAAGGAGAUAAAAGCACAACACACAUGUCUGCCACAACCAUUUAACAGCCAAAGUCCUUUUUCAAUUAAAAAUGUGUUUCUUGAUAAAAGAGAGAGAGGGGGAGAGAGAGAGCAUAGAAGGGACCAAAUGAAUCCCUUUUGGAAAAGAAUGCCACAGAGAGUGUGAUGUCUGUGAUAGUGGUCAUACUCAGAGAAAGCCUUCAUCUAAGUAUCCAAAAACUCUGGCGGACUCAUAGAUUUAAGUCUGGUCCUAAGUAUCAUAGGGUUUAAUUGAACAUAAUAACAAUUUAGAAUUAUGCUUAGAAAUUACAUCAAGGGAAUUAUGACUAGUCUUGGUCAGAUGUCUGGCUGCAGCAUUUUGGGCCCACUGAAGAUUACAUUUUCUAAAAUCAGCCCCUCAUAGAGUGUGUUAUAGUAAUUUAAAAAACAUGUAACCAAGGCAUGUGUCGCUGUAGCCAAAUCUGACAUCUCAGUGCAACUAAUGCAUUUAUUUCAGAUGUGCAAUUGCACUUACUGCCCACCAUGGAAACAUGUGGUGCAAAUCUGUGUCUUCAGAGGGAAUAUAACUCCACCCAGCAUAGGCUGAAUCGCUAUUCCCUGAUUUGCCCUUUAACUCUCUUGUCUUGGGACCACAUCAGAAGGGGAGGGGGAAAGUGGAGGGAGCCACUCCCCUCCAUUCCCUACCAUUUUGCCCUGUCUUCUGAGAUGGCCCCCAUCCUAUGUUGUUUCCCACCCUUUCACCACCUCCUUUUCCUGUUCUCCAAUUAGAAGUUGGUUGUUACUUCUCAAAAGGCACUUUGGGCUCCAUUUCUCUAUGCUGCUGAAGUAGUCCUGCCGGAAGUUGCCUUUCAUCAUGUGAUGGACUCCAUGGAACUCUGUUUCAUCAGCGUAGAGAAAAGGGGAGCAGAUGCAGAGAAGACUGUGCCUGAUGAGGUCAUGGAUGAAGCUUCAGUUCAUUCUUAUUCAUACCAAGCAUACAUUGGUUUAGUACUAAAAUUAGGUAGAAUUUAUCCAUUCCAGAAACCUAUUCCAGUUUUCACUUAUUUGUGGUGUAAUGUGUAAAAUAAUAGGGAAAACAAACCCUAAGUAGAUCCCACAUGCAAAGAAUCAAUUAGGUGUUUCAUAGCAUCACAUUCUUAGUUCGCCCUUCCAAGAAGGAACAGAAUCAAUAUAAAACAGUACUCUCAAGCUCAAGCCUAUAAUCAAUGGUACUGAAAGCCAUGGUGAGUUCCAGCAGAACCAACAGAAACACAUUUUCCCGGUCCAGUUCCCAGCAUAGGCCAUCCCCUAAGGCAAUGGUUCUCAACCUAUGGGUCUCCAGAUGUUUUGGCCUUUGACUCCCAGAAAUCCUAACAGCUGGUAAACUGGCUGGGAUUUCUGGGAGUUGUAGGCCAAAACACCUGGGGACCCACAGGUUGAGUACCACUGCACUAAGGUAACCAAAGCUAUCUCAUUUCCAUAGUCAUGCCUAAAGCAAAACUCACAUAAUUAUCUAGAUGUAGAUAAUAUGGAUGUAGGUAAUCCAUCUCAUCCACCCUUGGAAACACCACAAUUCUAGAACGUUGUUCUGAAAAGGGAUACAACUGGAGAGUAAGUGACACAUUGAACCAAUUAUUUACUAUUCACCAGUUGAUUCAAAAAUUUAUUUCUCUAAACUGCUGCUGACAAAUGGAUUUAGGCCUAGGUUAUCCCCUGAGCUGAACUUUAAAUGUAAAGUUUAAUACAUUAACAGAUCCUCACUUACACAAAAUUCACAAAACACAUAUUGAAAAGGCAAGAUCAUUGUGCCAGGAAAUAUGUAUCUAUAUAUAAGCAGUGAUUAAAAGGCAUACAGAUUGUUCAGAUUUAACGUGCACAUUGCUUAAUUUAGCUUGGAUAAUGUCUUUGCACAGUUUGUUUGGAUGGCAAAGUGUAUAUGAAUAAUAAACUGGAUGUAAUUGGAACAAUUUGAGAUCUGGUGACUAAAGUGCAUUUUUAUUUUUUAAGAAAGUGAAAAACAGGGAUCAUCAGUAAUACUGUUAUUUUUCUUGUGGUGGUUAUUAUGUAUAUAGAUGUAUGGAAGAGAAAUUUAGAACAAUAGCAAUAUACUACUGUUCGUUGCAAUAAUCCUAAAAAAUUCAACUUAAAUUGGCCUGAUAUAUGGUUUUGUUCCAUACAUUUACUUUAUGGUGCACUUGAAAUGAUUAUCUUUUCCCACAAUUAUUUAUUUCCUCCUGAUUUGCAGUGUCCAGAUGUCUCAUACCCAUGUUUCCAUUAUCUACUUAAAUUGACUACAGGUGGAAAUGCAUAUUGUAAUUACAAUUAUGUCUGCAUAACUGAUUGUAAUUUUGCCUUUAAGUACCUUUCUGAUGCACUGACCUCUUUGGAGAAAUAGUGACUGUAAAAACACCACAAACACUUUCCAUUGAAUUAUAGUGAUAGCAGAAAAAGGAUGAGGCAUGUUGGAACAGCUGGGAAAGAGCAGAAAGAGGUAAAAAAAAAUUGAGACAGGGAGUUGUUAUGUCAUUCCAUCUUUAGUUUCAGUAGCUAAGUGUCACAGAACGCCAGCAAUUCACUUGCAAGUGAAUGAAUAGGGCAAAAUAUUGCAACCUUAUUGCCACUUUAGAAUGAAGUUAACUGAGAUACUUUCCCUUCAUCCAACUCCCACAAUUGCAGCGCUGAGGGAGAGAGAGAGACAGAGAGAGAGAUAAAGGGGGUUAAGUGAAGAGAGUAACCUGAUGCCUGGGGUCUAAGCCCCUGGAAGCCAUCCAAGCCACUUUCAGGGCAGUCCACUUGUCUUAAGUCAUUGCUGUGAAUGCUGGAGAUGAAUUUUGAUGAGGUGUUACAAUAACAUUGUAACUCACCCUGUCUGUAAAUCAUGUCCAUAAACUGACUAGAUAGGGUCACAAGUUCUGGCACUCACUUUUUAAAUGUUUCGCUUCAGGGGAUGGAAAGGAAGCUCCUCUGUUCAUUAAGGAGAUGGUUGCCACUGGGGCAGGGCGAUCCUGCUUGCAGUAAAUUAUUAGGUUUUGAAAUAAUGUCUCACAUACGAGCUUAAUGUGAGACUACAAGGGAAAGAAAUGAUACUGCCUUCCUCCUCAGCACCACUAAAAGUAGUGACAGCAAAAUAUCUCAGAACUGCAGUUCAGCUACAGAGGAGCAUUCCAGGAACCCUUCUACAUAGCUAAUGUGGGUCCAAUCUGACAUCCCAGAUGCUGGACUGGGCCCACAUAGAGUCCGUAUAUAGAAUCCCUCCCUCAGUUGCCUCAGAUGUUACAAGGAGUCCCUAUUGUCCACUUUGAUGAUGUUGAAGAACCACCAGGGAGGGAUCCCUCCAUGUCCUCAUGAGCCAGAGCACCGUCAACUAAGGGAGCUGGGAGGUGUGCUGUAGUUUGGCGAGAAACCAGCACUCUUUGGCAGGCAAAGAUAAAGGCCUUGUAAAACUACAACUCCCAUGUUUCAUAGCAUUGAGCCAUGGCAGCUAAAGGGGUCUCAAACUGCAUUACUUCUACAGUAUAGAUGCACUCAAAGCUUGCUAAACUGCUGUUAUUAGGGGUAAAGAGCAAUCAGCUAGACAGAACAGUGCUUUCUCUUGGCACGUGAUAUUGUCAUUCAUAGAAUUAUGUGUGGCAGUGACUGAGACAUGCUUUGCAACCGACAAAAAUGGAAUAUAAAUUAUCAUUAUUAAAAUUUACAUUGUAUUAAAAUAAAUACAAAUAAAUGUAGUAUUCCUAAUAAUUGCAUAGCACAAUUAAUGUCUAUUUCUGCAUGCAGAGACUUAAAACUUUUUGCAAAAUUUUGAUCACUGUUUCAUUUUACCUUACAUAGAGUACAAGCUACAGUUAGCAAUAUCAGAACUGUGGGGAUCUAUAGACUCAUACAGUGGAACCUCAACUUAAGAGUGUUUUGAGUUAAGUGCAAUUGUUUGGACUGGUUUUGCUUUGACAUAAGAUCAGUGUUUUGAGUUAAGAGUUAGUGCAGGAGGGAGUGUUAGUGCGCAAAUACAGGCUUUAGGGCUUCAAAGGAGCAUCCUUGCAUUCUUGUCCAGUUUGGGAGAUUGCUGACAGCUUUGCUCUUGUCCACUUUGAGGAACUAUGGGUUAGUUGAUUUUGUGUGGUUAUUAUUCCUGGUAUCUUUGGUUUCAUGAAGAGAGAGAGGGAGAGAAAGCAAGAGAGGGAGGUUGCAAUAGGUACAGUAUGAAGAAAAUGAUGCUUCUGCCUCUUCCAUUUGUGCUUUGUGUUCCCUUGCCACAACUUUAUGCUUCUAACAUUUUAAAGUUGAUCUUUCUUUUUAUUCUUCCAUGUGAAUAUGCAUUUAUAUAUUAUUUGUUAUUUAUAAAAUACAUUUUCCUAUUUGAAACAUGCAAUAAAAAUGUGUGUGUGUGUGUUCAGGGGGCUGGAAUGGAUUCGUAGCUUUCAGUGGGAAAUUUGCUUUGAGAUAAGAGCAUUUUGAGUUAAUAGCUCAGGCACGGAAUGAAUUAAACGCUUAAGUGAAGGUAUAACUGUAGUUGCCUUGUUCGGGUAUGGUAUAGAUGCUUCCAUCUGCUACAUCUCAGGCUAGAGAUGGUAAGAUUGUUAAUCAUUCACUACCAAGUUGAAAAUUGGUUUCCUGAUUAUCAGGAAACCCUUUGGGAAGAAUAAUAAAACAGUCAUUAAUCAUAAUGGAAACUGCAGUGAUGAAAUCAGAAGUCUAGGACUUGGAAGGGUAACCAUGAACAAAUUAGGCAAGAUUUUUAAAGGUGAAGAUCCAUCUUUGAAUACCCAAGCCAUGGCAUUUUCAAUUUAUGUCUAUGUGUGUGUGUUUGUGUGUACUAAGCCAAAUAUGUGAUCAGAAAACUUAUUUUAUCAGGGUUACUAAUUCUGGGAAUGUUUUUAAGGAUGUGCUAACUAAUGCAGAGGCUGUAGAUGGGGAAUGACCAGUAUGUACCAGCUUCCAUUUUCUGUUCAGUCAAAAUGGCUGAACAAGUUUAAAGUUAGACUGUUAAGGCAGGAAGGGUUGCAAGUUAAAGGAACUAUAUUAGCCUGUAAGGCUGCAAGAUUAUAUAUUCCUUCUGGGAUUCAAUACAAGUUUCUUCUUUUAAGGUUCACAAGUUAGCUCCCCCUUAUCUUUCAACCUACUAUUUCUUUUACUGUCAUGCUUGACAUCUGCAUGCCAGGAACAAUCAUGCGUUUCUUCUUCAUGGGCUCAGAUUCAUCCUUUUCCAAUCUCUGCUCCAUACUUUUGAAACCACGUACCUGAACAUUUACAGACUGUUUCUUCCCUCAUUGCUUUUAAUUUCUUUUUUAGAAUUUUACUUUGUUGUUUUGUCAUCUUAUAUAUUUUGGUUACAUGUAUUGGUCAGUUUGCUUUGUUUUAUAUUGGGAUUAUAGUUUUUGGUUUUGGAUUUUGUUUUGAUUUUAUCUGAUUGAUAUGUUUUGCAAUUGUAUUCCAUAGCUUCAUGUUUUAUUAAUCCUCCCCCUCCCCCUCCUGUUUUUUUUCCUGUCGUUCUGUACACAUAUUUUAGAUUGUGGGCCUUCAAUAGGACAUAUUGUUUUGAGUUGUUUCACUGUAAAGCACCAUAUACAUUAUACACAUUGUGUAAAUAAACAAUAAUAAUGAUAGCAAUAACAAUGACUUAGGGUAAAACCACAAUUUCAUCUGAUUAUAAAUAAUACAAUAAGAUAAUAAGGAAAAGUGAAUGGACCAAUGGAAUGACUACAGACUUGAUUUUGGAUGGCAUGAUUUUAAUAACUGUUUUUAAAUUGUGUUGUUUAUUGGUGGGUUUUAAUAUAAAUGUCAUUAUAUUAUCUAUGUUUAAUUUUAUGCUUUAUGUCUAAAUGUUAUUUUAUGUUUAUGUUUUAAUUUGGUUAGGUUAAUUUAUAGUUAUAUGUUAUUGCCUUGCCAUUUUCUUUUGGUUUUCACAUGCAUGUACGGCAUUGAAUUUUGCCUUUAUAAUGUUGGAAACCGCUUAGAGUUCCCUUAGGGGGAGAAAAGUGGUAUAUAAAUGUAGUAAAUAAAUAAAAUACUGGGAUCAGUUCUGGAACAUGUAGGACCACACAUAUUGGUAUGUGUAUAAAAAUCAUAUAUUAAAUGUGCCGACUACCACUUCAUCACAAACAGUGCUUAGGUUGAUCAACAGCCAUGAAUAAAAAUUUCCAACUUAUCGGACGAGGUGAUUAUAGCAUCCAAUGAUGCUUUCAUCCCAUCUAGGGGAUGGAGACUGACUCUGAACAUCACAAAACGUUGUGUGACAUCUGGCUGAGGCUCUGCACCCAAUCGGAGUGAAAGCAUUGCUGGAUGUUUCUAUCCCAACAGGGGAGGUUUCCUAUGUUGUGCUGGUUCCAAUGGAGCUAGAACAGGGUCUCCCUGCAAGGGUGAUGCGGAAAGUGUUGCAGAGAGGGAGCUGUGGGCAGGAUGACAUUUUGCCUCGCUGUUCCUCUUUCCUCACAGAAGCCUAGCGAAGCAGGACACUUCGCCUGGGCCUUCUGAUGAGGUCCUAAAAUGUACAUUUACAUUUUAACUAUUAAAACUUAGUAAUGUAACUAUAAAAGUAAAUAAUUGUAAUGCACCAUUAGAUAUAGAAACAAGCAGUGCCCACUAGACCCACUACUUGAGCAAACAAGUUUGCUUGAAAUCCAAUGGGUCUUUGAAGCAAAUACUCUUUUCCUGAUGACUGAGAGAACAUCAGAGAUGGCCUCUCUUGACUGGGACUCCCAAGUUUGCUUGAAAUGUACACAGACGUUUCCCUCUAGUGUCCAGACAGUUGAAACCAUCACCCAGACAUCUCAUUUUUAAAUACACUCCAUCUUUCAAAAUGAAGCUAUGAUAUUUAGCUAGUCCUUAACUGUGCUCUCUAUUUGGAAGUUAACGACUAGUCCGUCUCCUGAUUGAAAACCCUCACACUUGAACUAGAAGGAGCCUACUCUAUUCCCAAAUGAGGUUUGAUGUGGUGGGUUUGCUGCUAAGCCAGACAUCAGAGUAAGUGCAUCUGAAAUCUGACAGUUUGAAAAGAGCAUCUCCUCUUUACGGAGUCUCCUUUAGAUUCCAGCAGCUGAAGUUAUUACUAGACAGCAACAGCAAUGCAAAGCUCAGCCUGUCACUUCAUUGAUCCUCCCUUAGUUAGCAAGAGCCAUGAUCUGUGUAUGCUCUGAGUAUGUGGGUUUUAUAAAGCAGGCAGCAAAAUAUAUAUUCCUUGAAGUAACAAGAACUGGAGAGGUUUGAUUCUGUGUCAUCUUGGUGCUACAACAUCACAAACUGGUGGGGUCAACUAGAUACCCCUAGAAGUUGGCUUAUUGGUAUUAAAUUUUGUACAAGUUCUUGAAGUAAAGAAAUCCAACAAGCAGCUUUGAUCACUAACAGAUGACAGCCCGAGUUAGCCUUUUUUCAACAGCAAGGUUCACAUAGAUUAACCUUUUCAUUUGAAAUGUUGAAUAGCAAUUGAACGUGUGUCUUGAGUGGAGGCAGUAUUUAUAAUAAAAAAUUCAAGUAGUGGUUUAAAAUAUUUAAAAAAGGAGAUGUAAUAUGAGAGAUGGAUUGUGAGAGUCCAAAUGUUGCAAUAUUUAAGAACUCUAUACAUAUUCAAAGCAUUUGCUUGCACAACUAUAUAGGAUGUCUGCUUUGGAGAGCCUUUUUAAAAUUAAUAGUUUUAAUGCAAGUAUUGCAAUUGCUUAUAUAUAACUUUAUAGUUGUCCAGGCAGCUGUAAUGUCUACUCAGGUGCAGGAAAGAAUUAAUAUUUUAACCUUACUAUAAGUAUAUAUGAGGUGUGUGCUUGCUUUGUAUGCCUUAAAGCAAUAUCCAACUAAAAGUAAAUACAGUAUGACCAUCAACUCAGUAUCCUUGGUUUCACUUAUUCACAGGUCCAGAAAAAUCACCUCCAGAAGUCCUUGUGGGCUUCCAUAGGUCCUCCUGUGCAAUUCUAUGGUAUGCUUCCAACCCAAAUAUAGCUACAAUAUUAUUCACAUUUUCAGGUCUCUGUGGUAUGUGAAUGUGUGACUUGGAACAUAUCCUCCACAGAUACAUGGAUCAUAGUGUACUGUUUUUUUCAUGCUAAGGAGAAAAAGACAUCUUGCUAUGGCCAAUGCCAGACUAUACUCUGUUGGUAUUCAACACGCAGCCAGAUGUGGGUGGCUGCCAACUUUGCUGCCUCAAGGCCUGGUUUUGAAAAAAAAAACAUGUUAAUGUUGGAAGGGGAUGAUUAUAGCCAGAAGCUAUAGAACCUCUGGGCAUGAAACUUAUCAGAAUUCAGUGCAGAAGCAGACCAACUGGAGCAUGGGAUUUCCUGCCAGACUUCUUCCUAAUGAUGCCACCUGUCUUGGCUGUAGCAGACAUUCUUGGAGAUGACUUUUUAGUCUUGAUGUUGUGUGUGCCUUCAAGCCAUUUCAAACUUACUGCAAUGCUAAGGGAAACCUAUCACGGGGUUUUCUUGGCAAUAUUAGAUUGGAGGGUGUUUGCUCUUGCCUUCUUCUGGGGCAGAGGCCCCCUCUACACUGCCAUAUAAUCCAGAUUAUCAAAGCAGAUAAUCCACAUUAAGCAAGUCUAGACAGUCCCUGAGUUACAAACAUCUGAUUUACAAACAACACAUAGUUAAGAAAGGGGUGAGACAACAGGAUGUGAGAGAAAAUCUACCCCUAGGAAAGGAAAUUCACUCCUGAAAGAGUUAUCAUGGGGGAAAGGAGUCUUCACUGAAGCUUGACCACCAAUCCUUUUUCCACAACAAGCCAAAUCUUUCAAAUCCAAUUAUCACAAGGACGAAAAGUGAGCUGAAAUCUUCUGAACAGGGGCACAGACAGCAAAACAAACACCGCAGGGGUGUUAAUCCUUCCCAAUGCAUUCCAGUGUUCUCGUUCUCUCUCUCUCUCUCUCUCUCUCUCUCUCUCUCUCUCUCUCUCUCUCUCUCUAUAUAUAUAUAUAUAUAUAUAUAUAUAUAUAUAUAUAUAUGGAGUUACACUUUAAAAUGUACCUGUUCCAACUCACAAACAAAUUCAACUUAAGAACAAACCUACAGAAAUUAUACUGUCCAUAAUUUGGGGACUGCCUGUGGUGGCAAGGAGUUGGAGAAACCAUAUUCUCUUCUCCAGAAACCUGAUACCACCAUUCCUGCUUCCUCCCCUCUCCCUUUGUCUCUGUGUUUUGCUACUCAAGUAAUGGGAGCACUUCAGCUGCCCUGUGAAAAACCUAUCCACUAAUCUUCCCCUAAGGAUGACAGGCUGGCCUAUAAUUUGGUCAGUUUUAUGGACAUUAUUUCAGCUUGUUUGUUUCUUGUUGGCUUUUAAAACGCAUUAGCUCUGCAUUUGUUUGACAUAAUACCUCCUGUUCGUAAUCCAACUGUUUUUGAAAUUUCUAAAUAUUUUAAAUGAUUUGACAUUCUUUAAAAUAAAAUAUAUAACUGCAUAAUGAUCUAAAAUUCUUUUUAGGUUUUCACUGUUAAGUCACCCUGAGUGUAUCUUUGAUCCUAAGGAAACUUAGGAAUGUAUAAAUAAAUGGGGGGGGGGGAACCCCACUAUCAUAUCAAAAACUGUUUACAGUUUUCUGCUUAUAGUAGCGAAAUCAAAUGCAAUGCUGAAAUAAAAAUCUCAACUCUUGCCAUAAAACUCUCCUGCAAGACUUCAAAGGUUGCUUAUUGUCAAUUCAGUGGCCAUGGAUCCAAAAUGACUGUCACCUUGCUGCCCCUAUACUGCGUUGCUUACUAUGAGGACCAACUGCCUGUAAUAACUGAAACUCAGCUGCUUCAUUAUUGUGCCGUAAACAUAAUUAUUGCAAAGUAUUUGCAUGCAUUAAAAAGACAGAUGGCUAUUUUCUAGUGGCCAAGUUAUGAGUUUGCUGGUUGGAAUAAAUAAUUUGUAUGGAGAGUGAUUUGAGGAAAUCCAUAUGUACAAUGAGUCCUGAUGAUAGCAUUGUGGAGUUAAAGCCAAACACAAAAUAUAAUUAAUUUGAAUGGAGCUGGAUAACACUGUGAUAUUAAAUUUCAGAGUCUAUAAAUAUUAUUCAGUAUACCAUUGAGCUUGGUGAUUUUUUUUCAGUCUUUUGGCAUACCCCUCCCCCCCGAUAUUAUGUAAACCAGUGGUUCUCCAGAUGUUUUAGCCUUCAACUCCCAGAAAUCCUAACAGCUGGUAAACUUGCUGGGAUCUCUGGGAGUUGUAGGUCAAAACACCUGGGGACCCACAGAUUGAGAACCACUGAUGUAAACAGACACAAAAAUAUUCACAGUUAUGCAUAUAUGUGUAAAUCAUAACUUUGUAACUUCUAAAUGUGUGCCUAAAUUUGAAUGAUUAAUGUUGGAUUUGUGACAUUUCCACAACCAUAGGGGUGGCAAAUCUAAAUCCUGACAGAUGUUGAAGACAAAGAAGCAACUUUUGCACUGAAACUUUAAGACACUUGGAGCUUGGGGCAUGUAAAUAAGUGAAAUCUUUUGCCUUUUUUUUUUUUUGCAGAGUAAAACCACAAUUGCAUGUAGGUUUUUACUUCAAAGCUGAGCGAUUUCCCAAAUUCUUGUGAAGUUGUACUGCCCCCCCAGUUUCUGCACUUAGCAGAAACCUUUACUGUGCCAUUUUUGUAAGUUCCUCAAUGAGUCCAAAUCAGACACCAGUUUUUUUCCAUCCCUAGUACAUUUUAGCUAUCUUUGUUGCUAGCUCAAAAAAUGGCCAGUAAAAGAGAAUGUUUGUCCUUAUAGUAUCUGCACCAUCUACAGUGCUAUAAUAGUAUUUAUUGCAUAAAAAUUAGCCAGCCAAUAUUAGCCAUUUUAUAUUAUUAUCUUAUUUGAGAAAGGUUUAUUUCAUACUAUCUGUACCCAGCCACGCAUUACUGUGGCCCAGUCUGGUUCAAUGGAAAAAACUCAGAAGAGUUCUUUCUCCAGCCCUGGACCUUCCACGGAUCUAUAAAGAGAAACCUUCAACAGGAUGGUAAAACAUGCCGGUGUCCCCUGGGGAAAAUCCUUGCUGAUGGCCAGUUCUGUCACACCAGAAGUGGCAAGGCUAUUCAAUGCUAAUCAAGUUGGCCAAUUGCAACAUUUCUUGCAGUUAAUAAAGAGCACCACUCAGAAAACAGUGGAAUACCAGACAUGAAACAAUCAGGGACAGCUAACACCUCCCAAUCAAGGAUUCCCCCAGGCAGGAAGUAGCUAGGGUUUGAAGCAGAAAGGCUAUUCAAUGCUAAUCAAGUUGGCCAAUUGGAACAUUCACACUUGUCUAUAGCAGAAAAGAGUUCUUUCUCCCACCCUGGACCUUGCACAGAUAUAUAAAGAGAAGCUUCCUGCAGGAUGGUAAAACAUCCAGGUGUCCCCUAUGUAACAUCCUUGCUGACAGCCAAUUGCCUCACACCAGAAACAGUUUGCUGUUUUUGAAGUCUCUUCUGACACCCUUUCUGUGGUUAGGCCUCAGAGCCUCAGCCUCGCGUAACUCCUUGUGAGUGGCAAGGAGGCGGGUCUAACCGUCUUUUGCGGCCCUGCCCAAACCAGUUGCUAGAGGGUGGAGACUGCUUGGCCAUUGCUUGCACCAUUGCUAAGGGAAGGAGCUGUCUGUUAUGAUGGUUGCUAAGUGAAGAGGGUAGUGCUUGGCCAUUGCUUAGGGAUUUGAUUUUACCUUUAUCACGUGUGUCAGGUUUGUGAGAGUAGGCUUAAAACCUAUGGCAGUUAGAAUGCUAUGUUGUGUCUGAAUUUCAUAGUAAUCCAUGGAAUAGUUUUGGAGAUAUGAGGUCCCUCACUGACAGACAUUACAUUUUUAUUUAUAUAGCUACUUUGAUAACCAGGUUCUUUAAUGUCUUCCAGUUUUGCUUUCCAAUACUCUUGUUACUUAUGACUUCUCAGGGACUUUAAAAAAUUGCAUCCAAUUUGUUGCACAUACUUGCCAUUCGUACUACAAUUUAAGGAGCUGUAAUAAAUGGUUAAAGAAAUUCAUGUGAAAGUAUUGAUAACAGCCUAGCGUCCAUGGGUUUUGACUUAAUAGUGGCUUGUUGUUUCUUCCUAAUUGUCUUAAGGAUGCAGAAACAAGAAGAGAUGUUGCAAAGUGUGUGUAUGCUUACUCCUGAGUGUAUCCAUACCAUAAUAGUUUUAGGAUUAGGAUAAUUAAUUAAUAAAGCUGGCAGAUCAUUAAGGUUUAUAAGGCACUCCCCUCUUGACAUAAUUAUCUGUUAAUUAACAUCCCACAGUAAAAUACUACAAUAUCUCAAUUAGGGCAGGAAAAGGAUGGAAGACAGUUGAGAAAAAAAUGUGACAGCAUGUUUGUGGACUUUGUUGCCAAAAGGAACCCAUCAAAACUAAAAGAAAAAGAAGAGUUAUAGAUGGUAGCACAUGGUUGGCUCGAGGUAGAAUAUUAUGCAAAGAUCCAAACUGCCAAAAUGUAUCAAAUCACUUCAGAACAGAGCUUGGAAACAUGGCAUUUUAUAGCUUAUUCUCAGCAUGUUUUUUUUUUUCAAUUCCAGUGAAAGACAGUUGGAAUUCACCUCUUUUUUUCAGGGGCUAGGGAAAGAAAAGAAAGCUAGGCAAGCCUUAGUAGAACCAACCCAUUGCAGCCCUUGCAAUGCUAUAGGGCAAAAAAAUUAAAAUCAGUGGUGUGUUCAUAGACUGAUAGAUAGGGCCAGUAUCGGAUAGUACUGGCUAUGAGUGUUUCUUCAUGACUUCAUGGUUGCUAAUGAAUGCUCUUCUAUCCAUCUUUACAUGACUCACUUGCUGCUACAAAGAAAUACAUUUAUUUUCUUUGACUGCCAUAAACUGUUUCUUUAUAUGUGUUGUCGAAAGCUUUCAUGGCCAGGAUCACUAGGUUGCUGUGAAUUUUCCAGGAUGUAUGGCCAUGUUCCAGAAGCAUUCUCUACUGACGUUUCACCCACAUCCAUGGCAGGCAUCUUCAGAGGUUGUGAGGUUUGUUGGAAAUUAGACAAGUGGGGUUUAUAUAUCUGUGAAAUAUCCAGAAUAGGAGAAGAACUCUUGUCUGUUUGAGGCAAGUGUGAAUUGAUUUUCUUGAUUAGCAUUGACUAGCCUUGCAGCUUGAAAGCCUGGCUAAUUCCUGCCUGGGGGAAUCCUUUGUUGGGAAGUGAUUGUUUGUUGUCUGAAAGUCCCCUGUUUGAGUGUUGUUCUUUCUUUACUGUCCUGAUUGUAGAGUUUUUCAAUACCGUUAGCCAGAUUUUGUUCAUUUUCAUGGUUUCCUCCUUUCUGUUGAAAUUAUCCACAUGCUUGUUGAUUUCACUGGCUUCUCUGUGUAGUCUGAAAUGGUAGUUUUUAGAGUGGUCCAGCAUUUUGUGUUCUCAAAUAUUAUACUGUGUCCAGGUUGGUUCAUCAAGUCAUCUUCUAUGGCUGACUUCUCUGGUUGAGUUAGUCUGCAGUGCCCUUCAUGUUCUUUGAUUCAUGUUUGGGCAAUGCUGCAUUUGGGGGUCCCUAAGUAGUCUAGUGGACAUAGAAACUCCAAUAGAGAACAUUUUAAUCAAAUCCACGAGUAAUCAAAUCUGCAAAACUCAAACCCACAAACGUGAGAGAGUUAUCAUGGGGAAAAAGGGUUUCCACUGAAACUUUCUCAUCAAGCCUAAUUUUCCAAAAUCAAAUUAUCAUAGGGUCAGAAACUGAGCUGAAAUUUUCUAAACAGGGGCACAGAUAGCAAAACAAACAUUACAGGGAUGUGAACUCUUCCUUAUGCUAUCUAAAGCUAAUAUAUUUGGCUGGUGUUUCACUUUAAAUGUACCUGUUCCAACUCACAAACAAAUUCAACUUAAGAACCAAUCUACCCCACCUAUCUUGUUUGUAACUUGGGGACUGUUUGUAUGCUAGGACAGCUGUGUUGGCUGUGCAGCAAGAUAUAGCAAAUCUCAAAACACACAAGAUGCAAUGUUACUUUGUUUUAGGCCAGCCUAAAAGCACUACAGUAUAUGCCUAAUUUGUCAUGUUGCCUUGAAUAAAAUCUUGGGAGGAAGGUGGGAUAGAAAUUCAGCAAUUUUUUUUUUUAAAAAUAGCAAUGUAUAAUGUGCCUUUUUGUUUGCCUAAUAAAGGAAUCAUAACACUUUUGUGGUACUUUAGUUAAAAGUGUUCUGUAAAUAUAUACAGUAGAGUCUCACUUAUCCAACAUAAACGGGCCGGCAGAACGUUGGAUAAGCGAAUAUGUUGGAUAACAAGGAGAGAUUAAGGAGAAGCCUAUUAAACAUCAAAUUAGGUUAUGAUUUUACAAAUUAAGCACCAAAACAUCAUGUUAUACAACAAAUUUGACAGAAAAAGUAGUUCAAUAGGCAGUAAUGCUACAUAGUAAUUAGUGUAUUUACGAAUUUAGCACCAAAAUAUCAUGAUGUAUUGAAAACAUUGACUACAAAAAUGUGUUGGAUUAUCCAGAAUGUCGGAUAAGUGAAUGUUGGAUAAGUGAGACUCUACUGUACUAGAUAUUUAUAAAUAUUUUUAAAUGUUCUGACAUUUGUGCAAUUCUAAACAAAUAAUUUGGGAAACAUGUACUCAGAAAAAUAUGCCAAAGUAGUAAAAUACAACAGGAUGGCUAUUGUGUUAAGUACUAGACAAAAGAAAGACUUUAACACUUUCUUAUUAAAUAGGGCAAGCCUCUUUUCUUCUAUCCUUAAAAACUGACUGGGUACAGCUGCUACACAUUAUAAUCUAAAACAUUAUAAUCUAAAACUACAUAUUAAUUCAAAUAGAUUGCUGAGGCCUCAAAUAUAUGCAAGAUAUGGGGGGAUGAAAACCAUAUAUUUUUUAGUUGCUAUGUAGAAUUUUUGUCUUUAUAAAUUAAUUGGCAAGAUCUUUCCUGCAGCUACAAGGACAUGAAAUGGUUUAUGAAAGGCCAAAAAUAUAUAGCACUUUACAAAAAACUAGCCAAAAGUUAGAUGUAUAUAUCCAUCUGUAAGCUGCCCACAGUGCAGGGAGGAAAACCCAGCUUCAUUAAAGUCAAAUAUGUUCCUAUUAAAGUCUGUUCUUUUCCUAUCAGCUUCUUUACAUGCAACCAUUUGGCCAUAUUAUAGCUGUUGUCACAGGUUCUAUAUCAUGAAAGAAACAGCAAGAUUUUCUUUACACAUACCUUUCAGGAAUGUUGAAAAGAUUGCAAUGCGUAUAGGGAGCUAUUAUUUUUAAUGUCAGCUGCAAUAUUUUUGCCUUGUACUCCAGCACAGAACAGGUGUAAGUUGCCAUCUCUGAGCAUGUUUAAAGAAUUGCUCAGUUUGAAUAAAACAUCAGCAGACAGGAAAAUGUCCCCAGUAAGUCUGGCUUUAAUCUGUACACCAGUUUAAAAGUUCAGCUUUGAGGUUUGAUAACUCCCUAAAGCAACGGCUGAACUCCUUCCCCAACACUGGAUUAAAAGCCAAUGUGAGCUGGAGUCUCACAAUUUAAAAAAUCUCUCCUUCCUGCCUCCUGUUUGAGACAGGGACAGUGAAUGGAGAGGUUGCUGAGCAUGCACAAAAUGUGAAGCAGAUUUGAAGGGUAACGAGAGAACCGUGUUAGUGGUGUUGAUUGAGAGUCAGCUCACAGCUCUGUCUGCCACUACAAGGGGUAGCGGCCCUGGCCUUGUCUCAGCUUUGCCUUCUGAAAGAGCCGCCUGGAAUUCCUUACUCCCCGUAAAACAGCUACACAGUUAAUUUCCUGUAAUAAAUUGCAAAGCAAUGUGCUGCAGAGUCAGCCUCUCUUCUUUAUAAUAUUUUAAGGAAAAUAAAUAUGAAAGCAGAGAUUGAAUUUAUUGGAAGGAAAUUCUGACUUUAUUUGUACAAUAUCAUUUUCUCCCUUAGUUUGUUUUUGACAAAGCUGUCGUUUUUGAUGGGGGGCAGGAUGGGGGAUGAAGAUUAUUUGUGUUAACAUUAUUUAUAACAAACAUAAUAUUUAUGAUUUCCUUCCUUUUUAAAAAUCAGGCUGAUGGUUUAAGAAGCACUUGAAUUGAAAUAAUAAUAAUAAUAAUAAUAAUAAUAAUAAUAAUAAUAAUAAUGGCUCUGGCAUAAACCAGUACAGGUGGUCCCGGUGGUAAUCGGCACACUGGGCGCCAUGCCAAAAGAUCUCAGCUGGCAUUUGAAAACAAUAAACAUUGACAAAAUUACACUCUGUCAACUGCAAACAGCCACCUUACUGGGAUCUGCAUGCAUCAUCCAAAAAUACACCAUACAGUCCUAAAUACUUGGGAAGUGUUCGACUUGUGAUUAUGUGAUACGAUUAUGUGUCAUACUAUGUCUUUGUGUCAAUAAUAAUAAUAAUAAUAAUAAUAAUAAUAAUAAUACUAGACGACUGUAGUCAGUUAUCUUGCAGACCUCAUUUCACCUGAAAGUAUCAGAGUGGAACUAACUAUUUAUGACAUGGAAGAGCUUAUGAAUGUAACUGCUUUGAAUAUUAGUGUGCAAAUGGAGAGCCAUCUUACAUUUACUAAGGAAAGGUAGGAGAGUGUUUGUAGAGGAACUAGAUGUUAACAGUGGCAGAUGCAUUGUCUCAAGGAGAGAUCCAAUUAUUCACAAGGAAGUGAGCAUGACUUGUGAGCCACAGCUGAAAGAGAGGGUGAGGAAGAAAUACCUGUACUUCUGGCCUGCGUGGAAAGGAAAAUUGGUGAAGAACAGAAGGCACUCACCAACACUUUCUCCCUUCACCUAAUAUUGUUAUAACAAAUAAUUAUGGGAACAGGAAAGUGAGAUGAUAGCUGACUUUUCCUCUGCAGUAUGCUCACAGAGUUCAUACAGCACACCUUCAAUAUAGUGAACAAGGCAGGGAGGCCCUAUAUUCCAACAAUAUACACAUGUGAAGAAUAUACCCCUCACCAAACCCUGAGUUUAUAGUAAGAAUGGGAUUUUUGUAUUCUAAAAAUAAAUAGAAAAAUCGUUUAAAAAUGUGUUAGGAAAUCUUGAUGAAUAGAAUCUUGGAGUAAUGAGAAUCUUCACAGUUUGGAACUUGUUUUGUGCAAAAUCUGCUUAUGGGGUUUUGGGCAUUUGUAUGCAGAAAGCAUUUAUGUACAAGACAAAGCAAACAAACAAAACUAAGCAUGCAUCUCUGUAAAUUCUGAAUUGCUACACAUCUUCAUAAACAUUUAUAGUGAAAAUAUAUUGCUAAAACUACUCACUGUUUUCUUCAAGAAGGAGUGUAGUGAAUGUACUCGUGUACUUUUCCCCUGGUUUGAGAAGUUUGUGAGUUUCCAUCUUAGCUGCUUGCUAACACAUCAGCCUGUGAAACUAUGUGAUGAUAGUAUCAUUUGAGCAUCUAUUUUUGUCAGUGGUGUACGAAAAUCAAGGCAGAGUCCUAGUUAAUGAAUAUCUCUUAUUUGGUAAAAAUUUGUAAGAAUGGCAAACAUUAAUAUGCUCCAACCUAUAGUGGUUAUGAUUGGCUAAUGGGAGCAAGCAGAAGAGUUGUUUGAGAUAUUUUGUACUAAUAGCUUUUAGUCAUACUUCGUUUUCAAUUUUUUGUGAGUAACUUUGGAAGUGAUCCUAUAUAUUGCCAAUGGUACUAUAGAUAUAUAAUACAACUCUUUUGUUUGCUGGUGAUUGCAAGCCUUUGAGGGCCCUAUGUCUUUUUGAUGUAACUAGUUUGAUUGGCAUUCAUUGUUAAUAUGGAGUAUUAACUUCUCAGUUUUCAUUCUUAUAUUUUGCGUUUGGUGUGUGUGUGUGUGCACGCAUGCAUGUUUAGACUAGAAAGUUUCCGUUUUAGCCUCUCUAUGAACUUUUUAAAAUAGUAAUGCAUUUAGCACUUUUCUUAUUCUUUAUGCAUUAUGGUUAUUCUGUGGUCUUGGCAUGGGAAGAAUUACACAAUUAGCUUAAUGAGAAUAUAUGUAAUCUAGGCCACUGUUAUACUUAAAUCCUUCCUGAGAUAGAACUUUACAUAUAUCUCAAUCAUCUGAGUCUUAUGGUGUUCUUGUGCUAUCAUUUUCUUUAGUUGGAGUAUAUUAGAGUAGAGCAAGAGACUUAAAUCCUGUAUUGGGUUUCAGCUCCCCCUCACCUGGUUCAUCUGAUCAUCAAUUUUCUAUCGCAUACCGUCUGAAUGUAAAUGUUGUAGUAACAGUGAUCAUGUGACAAGAACUCACAUGGCUUUACCAUAGCAGUACCUUCCUUUGGGUAUUUUAAAGAAAUCAUUCUCAAUUUGUUUAUGUGCAGAAAACCUUGAGAGGUUGCUGCAAGAGUACUGUACUGGUGGUAUCUCAUUUUGAAGUCCCAUGUAAGUUCAUGAGAGAUUGUAAGGCCCAUCCUUUCUUUGUGUUCUUGAAAGUUUGCCUUAGAAAAGUGCUUCCCAAGCUAUCUGAUGUGUAGAACUUUGAGACACUUUUAGCCAAACUGACAUUGUAUCUGUGAAUCAUGGAAUCAUAGAAUCUAAAAGUUGGAAGAAACCACAUGGGCCAUCUAAUCCAACCCCCUGCCAUGCAGGAAAAGCACAAUCAAAGUAUCCCUGACAGAUGGCCGUCUAGCCUCUGUUUAAAAGACUCCUAGAAAUGAGCCUCCACCACACUCCAAGGCAGAGAGUGCCACUGCUGAACAGCUCUUACAGUCAAUACGUUCUUUCUAAUGUUCAGGUAGAAUCACCUUUCCUGCAGUUUCAACCCAUUGCUCUGAGUCCUAGUCCCCAGGGCAGCAGAAAACAAGCUUGCUCCUUCCUCUUUAUGUCAUCUCUUCAAAUAUUUAAACAUAACAAUCUUGUUCCCUCUUAACCUUCUCUUCUGGAGGAUAAACAAGCCCAGCUACUCAAGCUGCUCCUCAUAGGAUAUGGUCUUCACACCUUUGAUCAUUUUAGUUGCCCUCCUCUGGACAUGUUCCAGCUUGAAGAAAGCAGCUAGGCAAACCGGAUUGGUGCCAGCCAAUCACAAGGAAUGUGAUAGCAGGGUGAGAGGAUAUAAAAGUGAGGCUUUGACAGAACGCAGAUAGGGAAAAGAUGGCAUAGAGAUAUAGAAAAAAAAACUGUAACGAAAGAUAGGGCAUUCAGCCAGAGGGAAGAACUGAAUGGGGCACUGAGAAACUGUGAAUGAGUAAGUCGUUCAGGAGUUAAUGUAUGUUCUAAUUGUGCAUUAAUAUACUUUGAGUUGUGGGGGUUUUCUUUGCACCUGUUUGUUCCUGUUAAGUUUGAUAAAGAGUCGAGUCAUGUUUACACAGUGAACCCAUUGAGCAACAAAUUCAUGGAAGGAUCAGCUUGAGGCCUAAGUACCUGAUCCAAAAAGGGAUCUUGAGGAGAAAAGGGGACAAGGUGAAUGACAGGAGCCAACCUGGAGAGGGGAUCACAGUGUACAUUGGCUACGGUUGUCUCUUUCUUUUAUUGAACACACUCAACAAUCUUCCAGAUAGACGUUUUGCAGAGAAAGAUGGCAGUGGUGGAUAAGAUCCUAUUCAAAGAAGCUUUUUGCCAGCUCUGAUCUUCUUAAGAAGUGUCACGACCCAGGCUGCAGAGCACCAAUAACCAUACACAGAGGCCAGAAUCUAUCUAAUAUCUUUAUUAAGGAAAUAUAUAAAGUCAAUAAAAAUAAGUGUAGAAUGUAGUUCAGAAGAAGACCUUUCAGGAAAGGUCAAUUAUAGUCCAGGAAAACAAUGUCCAAUAUAAAAUAUUAAGGUCCAAAGUUGUAAUCCAAUAACCGAAACACUCACUUUGCCAAGCAAAGUGAGGGGAGAUGACAAGGUUCUUAGUCCAAGGAACUUGAGGUAAGGCUAGGAAGUAAACUUGAUUCUUGGAACACAAGGCUUGAUACAAGGCAGCAAGGAACGAGGAACAAGGACAAGAUCCGUGGUAAAUACUUGGCAAGGUCCGGGAAGCAAGGCAAGGUUGGAAACGUGAACGAAGGCUUGGAAAUAGGAACGAGGCUUGGAAACAGGAACGAAGGCUUGGAAACGGGAGUAGCGCUGUCCACACACAAUCUACUCCAGUUGCUGACGAAUUGACUCCGCAAGAUUCCUUUGGGGCAAGGAACCUAAAUAGGGUCUCGUUUUCCCACCAAAGAACACUUCUCUGGGGAAUCAGAACCGAAAGUCAAUCUCUGUGUCCAGAUGCAUGACUCCCUAGAAUUUCUCAUGGAAGCAAUCUUAAUCAGCUGAAUGCUUGGCUGCGAUUCUCAGGCUUCUGCGAUUAGCCUGCUGAACUCCUUUUUGUUGUUGAUAAUAACUACAGCGAGAAAAUGGGGGAGAUUCUGACUCAGGGCUUGUUUGGCAGAUUUCUGGAAGGCAAACCUCUUACAGGUGCAAGGGCUCCAAAUCAGGCUGGGAAAGUUCCAAUUCUGGCUGAAAUGGUGGAAAACCCAAGUUUUCCUCUUCAUCUGCCACAACAGCGCUAGGAAUGGAACUACAUGGCCCAUGAGUCAUCACAAGAAGAGAACUUGGCAAUGCUUAUAGGAAACAUGAGGCUUAUUGGGAACAAAGUCUAUGAAACCCAUUGGUUUAUAAAGAAUGGUAUUUAACUCAUUGAUAUGACAAGACAGCUGGAGAAGAUUAUGUCCCCCUGAAUAUUGCUCCAUACCCAAGGUACUGCUAUUAAAAGGAUGCAAGGCUUUUGCAUUAUUUUCUUGUGUAACAUUUUUGGAAAUGUAGAACAGCUCCUAUUUGCCGGUGACUCGGGUUUCAAACCAUAUGACCAUUUUAAUAAGUUAUGUGUUGUAGACAUUAUUGUGGAUUUAUACCAUCACUAUGUUUCAGUGUUCUCCAGAAAUUAUUUUUUAACUUGACUUGAUUUUUGGUUGGACUAUGGAAACUAUAAUUUUAUUAAUCAGUUGAAAGGGAUUCAAAAUAGUCUGAAUGCAAGCAAGAUUUCUUCUGUACUUAUAUUUUGUAUAAAGACAAAAAAGUGGUCUUAAGACAAGCCAUGCAUCAAACUGAAAAUUCCUUUUCUUCACCUUCGUUAUCAGCUUAUAUCUACCUGUUCUAUAUAUGUGAUGUCUGGGGAGUAUAUACUGCCCUUCUUGUGUUUUUGAAAAUUGCCUAGUGCAUUGCUGGCACUGCCAAACAAAUGAUUAAUGAUGAUAAUUUUGAUUUUGAAUGGGUUCAUUUAUCUAUCUAAACCCUUUGCACAGUGAUUGCCUUAUACAGAAGACAGAGAGUGAGAUUCUGUUCUCUUUUUGAUCUACACAGGAUUUUCUAUUAUUUUAAAACUACUCAGCACACAAAGACUGAAUUCAAUUUGUGCAUAGUCUCAUUUAUGCCAAGAUAGCUUAUCUGGAACAAAUUUUUAUCCUUGCCUUGAACGGUAGUGAAGAUUUACAGACUCAUUCUUAACUAAUAAUAUGUUUAUAAACAAUAAAAUGUGGAAGUCUGGAAAGAAGGACAUAAAAGAUUUAAAAGCCUAUUCAUAACAUUGAAUAGUUUUCAAAUCAGUAAUGAAAUCUGUAGAGAAUAAGCAUGGUUUGAGAGUUUUUCUGUGGAUCCAGAGGACCAGGGUUCAAAUCACUUCUUAACUCACAGGAAACUACCUGAAUGGCCUUGGGUAAGUCACACUAUUCUCAGCUUGAGAACAAGGGCAAAACUCCUCUCUGAAUAAACCUUUUCAGGAGAACCACAGGGUGGGAUAAGUGAACAAAUCACACAUAGACACACUUUACUUUUUACUAGGGCUGUGCAAAAAAAUGUAGGAGGGUUGUAAAUCUUAAGUGUUUUGUUAAAUCUGUACCUAGAACCCAAUUUACGACCUCCCAAAGCCACUCCUUGUUGAAUACAAACGAAUCAAAACACCCCCUUCUGAGUUUUCAUAAAGAAGUUUGUUUUUGUAUGUUCCCUCUCUCUGUGUAUGUCUCCUUCUCCCUCCUUGUGCCCCCUCUCUCCCGAAUUGCGGCCAUGAUGACCAACAAAGAGGAGACUAGUAUCAUCAAGAUGGACAGGGUGGAUCUCCCAAAGUCAACACCUUCAGGUAUCUUGGAUCAAUGAUAACUUCAGAUGGCAACCUUUCUCUGUAGAGACAGCAGCAAUGCCACUGCAGGAAGCCAGAUACCUUUGGCUCCUUCUAGGCACCUUUUUGCCAUCCAGACCUACAAAAAGACCAGAAAUGGCACCAUGGCAGACAGAAUAGAGAAGUCAAAGCAUGGAUUAACAUGGCUUGGAAGAAAUGGCACUAAGUUGCAGGUGUACUUUGUGACAAGAAGAUGCCCAAUCACCUGAAAUAAAGAAUCUAUCAAAAUGUCAUAAGGCCUGCCCUAGGUAACAAAGUAACAAAGGAAGCAGAACAUAAUUUCGGUGUUAUGGAGAUGAGGAUGCUACAAUUUACACACCUUGACCGCAUCCGCAACUAUGACAUCGGACAAUGCUUUGACAUUGCUCCAAUUGCUGGCAAACUACGAGAAUUAUGCCUCAGAUGGUAUGAUCAUACACUCUGAGGUGAAGAUGAGUCCAUUUGUAAAAUUGCUCUUGAUUUAGAAGUACCUGGCAAGAGACCAAAAGGAACGACCGAAGCAAGGCUGACUGGACACAUUGCACAAUGAUCUGAAGACUGCUAGCAUACAACCUGAUCGAGUGCACAAACGGGUGAAAUGGUGCCAACAAACCAGUAGAGUGGGUACUGCCAUCAAGCAGAACAAACAGUGAUGGUGAUGGUGAUGAUGAUGAUGAUGAUAAAGAGGAGGAAGUUGUUUGUCUGCCUUUCUGCUCAGUGUCGGGGUACAUCCUAGCAUUAUGUCUCACCUCGAAGGUACAGUAGGGCUGAUAUUUCAGCUCCUAUCCAACAAUCUCAUGUAAAAGAAGAAAUUAUAAAGACCAAAAACUAUGUGGAAGACAAGACAAAAAGGAAUUUUUGUGAUGUAAAGCAAAAUGUCCAUGAAACAUUUAAGGCAAAUAAUUGAUUCAAUGGUAACAUAAGCAAAAGACAAUUUCCUACAAUCAACAUUUAAGUGCCUGGGAAUAGGCAAGAUCAUUGAAAAGAAGCUGAGGGUGACAGAGCUGGUGGAGCAAAAGUGAUGAAAAAAACUCUGAUGGUGAUAAUACUAGGCAUAACCCAUAUUUUCCUACACCUUCUGCCCAAGGAGAUUUUUCUUACCAUCUUAGCAUUGAUCCCAAGGUCAGCACACCUUUUCAUUUCCAUGGGAUACCUCUGAGGCCCCUUCUACACUUCCAUGUAAUCAAGAUUAUUAAAGCAGGUAAGUCACAUUACCUGUUUUAACUGGAUUAUCUAAGUCUACACUGCCACAUAAUCCAUGUUAAAGCAGAUAAUCUGGAUUUUAUAUGGCAGUGUAGAAGGGGCCUAGGAUCCUGUGCAGGGUUGCCUGUAGGGCAAUUCCAAAUGCUACUGUGUUGGGUAAAUAGCUAUGGGAAGAAGGGAGAAUGUGUUCUGUAACAAUCUUCAAGUAGCUUGGCCUCAGUAGUUUCCAGGAUACAUGUUUGCUAAUACAGAGGAUAAGGGACCUUGUGUAAAACCAUCAUCAUUUACUGCACAAUUUCACAGCAGUUUGAGAAAAACUCACUCUGCUGUAACAGUGAUUACUGGCCAUGAUCUCUGCAUCUGUUUUCCUUGUUAAAUCCUGAGAAAUUUACAUUUCAUUGCUGCAUCCAGUCUAGUAAACAACACAAAUGGAAGACAAAUCAAUUUUUCACAUUUCCCCCCUUUUCAGCACAAAUUAUCCUGCAGUCUUUUCCUACCAUUUCAUAAACCCGAACACAUGGAUUUUAUUUUGAUUAGAUUAUUGUGCAUAAUGACUGACUUUUUAAAUAUGUAGGAAAGGGAGGGACAAAAAACCCACUGUUGCCAAGAAGACAUGCUUUUCAACCUGGGAGUUCACAUCUGGCUACUGAAUAUCAGCACUUAGCAGAAAGCAUAAAACAAAGCAGGCAAAAUAUAUGCAAAAAUGGCUAAAACAUGGAUUUUCAGUGUUUCUCAUUGCCUUUCUUCACCAUUUCCUGAAGCAGCACGGAAGGCUGGAAAAUCCUAGUUUAAUUAUCCCCAUCAGUCUCUGAGACAAGACACUUAAGGGUUUUAGCUGCUGUAAACACUCCCUUGAUAGCUGAUAAGGAAUCUGCUGAGAAGCUGUUUGUGUGUGUGGAAAAGAGGGGACAUCAUGGGCACACCCAUUAAUCAUUAGCACAGUACUGUACACACAUUGCUACUGCACAAACAAGAUAUGGGUCCUCACUUUCUGGUCAUUGUAUUGACAUGGUGUAUCACAGGUGCAUGUUGAGAACAUGCAGAUAACUAAUAGAGUGUCUGGUCAAAUAUUACAGCAGCAGCUAUCCACCAGCAACUAUACCCAUACUGUAAAUAAAGCAACUGUAUUUGUGCUGGUAGAAUUCAGGGACUAUUGACCUCAUCAUACUUGCUAAAAUAAGUAUCUCAGGACACUUUGAGCCUUCUUCGGGGAAGAAGCCCCACGCCAGCCAUCACAUGAUGUUGUGUGGCUUUUGGCAGAGGCCCCACCCCCUAACUAGGGUGAAAGCACCCUUGGACGCUUCUCCCCAAACACGGAGGCCCAAAACCUGAGAUGAUUUAUCUUUGAGUCAAUAUGAGUUUUGUACCUUAAGUCUUAUCAAAAAGGGAGAUCUUACUGUAUCUUGGGAGUAUCUAAAAGAAACAUCAGUACUCCUCUACUCUGUCUGCCAUGGUGCCAUUUCCGGCCUUUUUGUAGGUCUGGAUGGGGAAAGGGUACCCAGAAGGAGCCAAGGGUAUCUGGCUUCCUUCAGUGGCAUUUCUUCUAUCUUUGCAGAGACUCUUAAAUUAUCCAUGGCUCUUUUUAAAGUCCCUAAUUUUGGCCCCAAACCUAUUCUUGACCUAUAUACAAGGUCAAUGUAUACAUGAGUUUAAAUGGUGUAUUAUUAAUACAUUCAUAAUUUCUUGGAACAGUAUAUGCAUUGUAUUACCACAAAUGUAAAAUAAAUACUUUGUGGUGGGAUCCUAUAUUAGAUCCACAAAGAACAAAAGCUGCCCUUCUAUCAUAGUUUGACAUAGCCAUGGUGAACACAUUUCACUGAAAAUGUUGGUUCUCCACUUAUUCCAUUUCUCCUGAAUAUUUUUGGGGGAUGUGCAAUACUAUGUAUUUCUGAAAUGAGAAAUAGAAAGUAACCCUUUCAACAUAGUGGUUUUAGACAGAUGGAACAUUUCAGCCAAUAAGAGCAUCUGGUACAUCUGAAAGUUGCUUGUGGCUCUAAGGCUAAAAUUAAGAGAGCUAUUUUUCCUUCUCAAAGCCAAACUGUCAAUGGUAUUGCCUGCUAGUGUGCAUAUCUUGGCAUUCCUCCAUUGAGAAAAAUGAAUAUUUAUUAAUCAAAAUGUCAUUUUUCUUCAUUUAAAAUCUUGAUUUUAAGAAGACCACGUGAAACUAUAUCUUUUUUUAAAAAGUAUAAAACAAAUACAUUAUUUAUUCACAUUGGAGAUCAUUCCUAAAAUUACUCAUCCACGCUUGAGCAUAAACAAACAUCCUUUGUUUUUAUAUUCAGAUUCAUCUUAAAAUUAAAUUUAUUUUACACCAAGCCAUAAGUGAUGCCUGUUUCAAAAGCUUUUGAAAUAUGGUAAUAAUAUAAAUAAUAUAAAUAAUGUGUCUACUUGGAGUUUCUUUGCUCAACACACUUAAGCAUUCAGUAAGUGUGCCAGUGAAAUAGCUAUGAAAUCAACCAGACUGUGUCUAUUGUUGUACUUUGACAGUAUUUGACUCUGGUGCCCUAUACUUGUUGUAUGCUGUGCAUCUUUAUUUUACUAAUUUAUAUAUAGUAACACAGCUUUUGCUAUUUUCUUUUGAAAAUUUAGGCAGUCAACCCAUUCCCUAUGUAACUAAUAAUAAAGGGAACUCCUAGGGCUUUAACCUUAUUGAAUGUGUGGCAGGGGAGAGUUACAAAGAACAGUGAGAAAUGGUUUUCAUCUAUUUGGAAUGAAGGGCAUUGCAGAAUUAGAACUGAUCAGAAGAUUUGAAUCUAUUAAUUUAGAUCUUAAUCAAGAAUCUCUCAAAGCACUCUAUCAUGUUAGAGGAUUGAGAGAAAUUAUGGAGGGUAAAAAUAAAGUAUUCAAGAUUGAUAAUGGUGCGGGAAAAUUGGUACAAAAUGUUUUUUCAUUGGUAUUUAACUGCAACACAACUGGCAAAAUACUACAAGAACGAAAAUAAGAAGUGUUGGAAAUGCGGCGAUAAAGAAGGGACCUUUUUUCACGCAUUGUGGGACUGCAAGGAUGUGAAAGGAUUCUGGAAAAAAAUCCACAAACACUCCCAAAAAAUACUAAGGACAAAUUUUGACUUUAAACCAGAAUAUUAUUUAUUAAAUAUUACAGAUUUUGAGUUAGGGAGAAAUGAGAAAAUAAUCUUAUUCUAUAUUAUGGUAGCAGCGCGGACUCUUUUGGCCCAGAAGUGGAGCACUAAAGACAUUCCAACUGUGGAAGAAUGGAUUAUAAAACUUAGGGAAUGUAUGGAUAUGGACUCACUGACUUUCCUGCUGCGAGAGCAGAACAGAAGACACAAGACGGACUGGUCUCCUGUUAAAAGCAAUCUCCAGGAUAAAUGGCAGAUUAGUUUUGAUUAGUCUUUUCUGACAAUGCUAAACAUGGUAACGGGGAUGAACAGGGGAGUGAUAAAGAACGAGCAAAUAUCAAAAUAGGAAGGAAUUAAGGAAAUAAUUGUUUCCUGUGGAAUGGACUGGAGGCCUUUUUAAUCCCUCCCCAUUCCCCUGCCUCACUUUCCUUUUUUCCCCCUUUUCUCCUCCCACUCCUUUUUGCUCCCGACUUUUCCUUUUUUCUCCUCUCUUCCCCCCUCUACUGAUAUAUCACCCAAUAUCUGAUUCUCAGUGUAUGAUACUACUACAUAAGAGGUGCUCGUAUGCAUAGAACUACAGAAGUAAGAGGAAGAAUUAGUAGGAAAUCUGGGGUAGACCCCAUGGAGUUGUUUUUUUCCCCCCUCUUUUCCAUGGUUGUUUAUUUAUGUAUACUUUUUGAAAUACCCAAUAAAGAUCAUUAUUAAAAAAUCUCUCAAAGCAAUUGCCACCAUUAGCAUAGCAAGACCAGGCAUCACCCCAUUUACUGCCAUUGUGAAUGGUCACUCACCCUAUCUUAUCUUUGAAUUUUACUUAAACAUGUCUAUGUUGCCCAACUGAUUCGAUUAGUUUCUCUCAUUAUCUCCCUAUGUAUGCAUAUAUAUGCCAAGAGAUGCUAAUACUUUGCAUAUUGAAUUGUCCUCUAGCCAACAGCAGCAGAGUUCUCAAUAAAGGUACCACAAAGUAUUUCCUUGUUUUCAGACAACUCCAUGUUUAUCACAUUGUUGUGACAGCUUUUCCUAUUCUCUUUUUUUUUUCCUGCAGUUUGGCACCACCUAUCUUUGUACUAUUUUUUCAUUGCAUUUUGACAAAACUUGGUUUCUUCCUUUUCAAUAAAGUCAGAUGCUGAAACCUUGUGGGGGGCAUAUUAGCUCUAAGAAAGCAUGCAGCAGUCAUAUGGCAACCUUCACUCAUGUUAUAUGCCGCUAUAUGAAUGUAUUUGUGAUCCACAAACCCACUCAAACUCCAGGGUAGUAGGGAGAGUUCACUAGGAAAUUGCUCCAAUAAAUUUUUCUUUGGUCAGGGUUGAUGGAAGUUAUACUCCAUGUUAUGUAAGCUAAACACUGUGGGACCACAAGUAAGGAACAUGAUUUAUACCAUACCACCUCUAACACUUUUACCUGAAGAAAGCAAUGUGAGCUGUGACUAAAGUGUUUGAUUUAAUUUCCAAUAAGCCAACCAGCUGUCUUUCAAGGGUUGUUAACAGUAUUAAUGAAGAAACCUGAUAUACCACUCUAAGCUCUUUGAAUUGAAAAAAAAUCAUUAAAAUGUGAAAUAGAAUGAAUUUUGAGCCAAAUAGAGGUGAUUUCAAUUGGCAGGAACAAUUCUUUAAUUACUGCUGAAUCUAUAAGGUGCCUGUAAUGAAAAAAACUUUUCAGUCUGAAAUAUUAUUAGGGAAUAUGAAUGAAAGUAGAUGUCUUUCACAGGCCCUUUUCACUUAUAUCCUCAUUUGGAUAUUCACCUGUCUGUGACUGUAAUAUGUUGUAUGAGAUGAUCCACUUGUGUUUACUGUCUCUUUGUAUUCUUAUGUAGACUAUAUUCAAAGAGCUGGAGAAAGCCAAAGGAAUUUUGAGUCAUUCAGGUUCAAAGUAGUCACAGGGCCCUUCCACACAGCUAUAUAACCCAGAAUAUCAAGGCAUUGAACUGGAUUAUCUGAGUCAACACUGCCUUAUAAUGCAGUUCAAUGUGGAUUUUAUGCCGCUGUGUGGAAGGGACCACAGUGAUAAAUAGAUCUUUGGAUCAUAUGCUUGGAAUCAUUCACUUCUUUUAUUAGAAUGACUGGGCUCUAAUUGGGAGUACAGAAUAUUCAGAUAUUUAGGGCAUUGCUGCACAACUGAAAAUCAUCCCUGAUGUUGCAGUUUGAUGUGAACAAUAGUUCCAAGGGAUCAAUAUCUAACUGGAAAAUGGCACUAGUGCAGAAGAAUGUUAGCCUUUCAUGAUAUAGUCUUAAUCUUGAUUGGAGUCCAGAAUGAGCAUAAAAAGUAUACUUUAUCAUACAUCAUGUGCAAGGUUUUUUGCAACUGACAUUUUGAUGGUUAAAAUGGAAGACAACAAUGAUGACCAUGAUUUCAUAUUAGUUCACUUUGCUUUGCAAAAAGCUAAUGAAAGGCUAAUGUAGAGAACACAUAUUCAGUAGUGGAAAUAACAUACUGCUUAAUGGCUACAUCAUCUAUGAUGACGAUCGUGCCAUCACCACCCAAGCAGGGAGCUUUGAAAUGGUUGAACAGAAGCUCUCCAAAACUUUAGGUGUUCUUACUGUCUAUUACAGGGAAUACUAGCUGAUUUCUAAUCCAUCUAAAACACAGACGUGUGCUUUACACCUUAAGAACAGACAAGCAUCUCAAUCUCUGAGGAUUACCUGGGAAGGAAUCCCACUGGAACAUUGCAGCACACCAAAAUACUUGGGAGUUAUCCUGGACUGUGCCCUGACUUACAAGAAGCACUGCUUGACUAUCAAGAAAAAAGUGGGCGCUUAAAAUAUAUCACACGAGAGCUAACUGGCAUAACCUGGAGAUCACAACCAGACGAAGUGAAGACAUCUGCCCUUGCACUUUGCUACUCUGCUGCUGAAUAUGCAUGCUCAGUUGGGACACAUCUUACCAUGUUAAAACAUGGAUGUGGCUCUUAAUGAGACAUGCUGCAUUAUUACAGGAUGUCUAUGCCCCACACCGCUGGAGCAAUUAUACUCUUUAGCUGAUAUUGCACCACGUGACAUCCUCCAGGAAGUAGCAGCCAAUAAUGAAAUGACCAAAGCAGUGACAUCUCUGGCCCAUCCCCUGUUAGGUUAUCAGCCAGCACGUCAAUGCCUUAAAUCAAGAAAUAGAUUUGUAAGAUUUCAGAGGUACUCAUAGGAACACCUCAGCAAGCGAGAGUCCAAAAGUGGCAGGUUAAAACUCAAAACCUCAAGCCAUGGCUGGGAAACUUGAAAGGCACUCUGGCACCACGAAAUGCAGAGUUAACCUUAAGAAAUGGGGCCACAAAGCAGAGUCCAUGAUAUGCAAGUGUGGAGAAGAGCAAACCACAGGCCACCUAUUACAAUGCAGUCUAAGUCCUGCCACAUGCCCAAUGGAGGACCUUCUUACAGCAACACCAGAGGCACUCCAGAUGGCCAGGUACUGGUCAAAGGGCAUUUAGUAUAAUGCCAAGUUUUUAAACUUUGUAUUUUUAAAUACAUUAAAACUGUACCAUCGGUUUGCUUCUGACACAAUAAAUAAAAAUAUGGCUACAUCAUUAUAUUGGUUUGAAUUUAACAAAAUCUUGCAUCAUCCUAUAAAUGCAGAGUUAAACCUUUUAUGAAAUUUUUGAAGAGAGUUUAAUAAUUAGGAAGCAGCUGCCAGUAUAGACAAUAACUUCAUUUUAUGCCUUUACAAAGAACCAGGCCCCUUCUACACUGUCAUAUAAAAUCCAGAUUGUCAGCUUUAAACUGGGUUAUAUGGCAGUGUAGUCUCGUUUAAUCCAGUUCAAAGGAGAUAGUGUAGAAGGGGUCCCAGUGUAUUGUAGUCCUUUUAGUGUCCAACUAUGACUGAGAAAUCAGAGUUCACAUUUCAACUGAGGCCUUUGGGAUUUUUUCUCUUUAAAAUAUUGGUGAAAUCUACACUUUCAUAUUUGUCUCUUUGAAUGGGAUUUAAUUGCUUAAGUCUUAAAAGUUGAAUGCGAAGGAAUUCAAUCAUGCAAAUGCCAUGUUAACAUAGUUACCUCUUUUUCUGAUAAGCCCCUCACCUUUAACAUCUGUGUUAAUCCUCUCCCAUAGAAGAGGAAAAGAUAUAUAUUGCAUGAAUGAAUGAAUGAAUGUAAACUAUAUGGAAGGCAGGUAUACAUGCCUUCCUGCCUUGCAUAUUCUGUGGGUAAUUUGCUCACAGAAAUUAGCUGUUACCUAUCAAAUUUGAAGCACUGAUCAAAAUUUACAAAAUUCUAAAUUCACUCAGCAGAGUUGAGUUGACUCCCUUAUCCACCAUUUUGAUAUUCAUGGUUUCACUUACCCAUUGACCCAAAAAUAUCCCCCCAGAUAUGGUUGUGUGCCUCUUUAGGUCCUCCAGUGAAAUUCAAUGUUAUAUUUCCAGAUGAAGUAUUGUCAAAAUAAGGGAUUCACUAUUAUCCACAGUCUCAGGUCUGUUUGUGUGUGUGGCACGCACGUGUGCACGUGUGUGGUGGUGGUCUUGGAACAUAUCUUUCACAAAUACUGGAGUCCUACUGUACUGAAGAGUAUAGUGACUAAUAUUUCUGACAUAUUUUUGAAAGGAUUGAGAUGUCAGUUUUAUUUACACAAACACUGUUUCAAGAAUGCCAGACUUGAAAAGCUAUUUUACAUAGCAUUUGUUUGCACUUUGUAAAAUAUUUAUGCUAAUGUUAGCUUUGUACAUUCUCAAAAGAAUAUUUAGAUGCUUCUGCUGCUUGUCUUUAUUGUGUGUAAAUGAAAUGAAUGACAACAGCAUUGCUGUGUAUAAAAAAAACCCCCCACAAAUACCAUAAUCUUUCUAAGGCUUGGGCACAUUAUUUCUUUUAUUACCAUUCCCAAAGUCCAGAUACCCACGUCCUUUCUGUGCCUUUCCCUGCUUCCUCCUGCACUCUGCUGCUUACCUGACUCCUGAAGACAGUCUUUGGUCUCCAUUUAGAUGCUCUUGGGAAAUGGAGCACCACAGAGUCUCAUGGGAAGUGACCUUAUGUAAUCUAAUGGCCUUCGGAGAACUCCCAUGGGGUCUGUUUCCCAAGCACAUGGAAACGAAGACCAAAGACCAUCUGAUGAAGUCCGUAAUAUCGUUUGACACAUUAACUGUGAUGGUUCAAACCUAUGGAAUCCUGGAAGUUGUUGUUUCAUGAUGCACCAGCACUCUUCCACAGAAAAGGCUCAAGACUUUGUAAAGCUACUACUCUGAAGAUUCCAUAGCAAUGAGCCAUGGCAAUUGAAGUGGUGUCAAACUGCACUACUUCUACAAUGUAGAUGCAUCCUGAGUCACUGGGAGACAAAGAUUCAAAUUCUUGCCUGGUCAUGGAAACCCACUGGGAGUCAUAUUUUCUCAGUCUGAAAAGACGGUAAUGGCAAAGUCACUCUGAACUAAUCCUGCCAAGAAACCCCAUGACAGAUUCACCUUACGGUCACUACAAGUCAGAAAUGACUUGAAAACACAAAACAAUACCAGAAGGAAUCCUUUCCUUUUUAUUUGUGUCUACAAAUCAGUCUUCAUGGAUUUAUGUUAGUCUUGAGUAACAACUUGUUUAUGAUAUAAUUGCAUGCCUCAAAAAGACUCAAGACUGAACCAUUCACUGUGUGUCUAUAUUGGUCACUGAAUGGCCAUAUUUUGUUUGUGUUUUGAAAGAUAGAUUACUUAUAAUCAAAUACACCGUAUUUCAAUAAAUAAUGUGGGAAAAUGCCAGACUAUUUUUCUUUACAAGCUCAGACUCUGGAGGUAGUAUCAGUGAAAAAUUAAACCCGAGGGCACAGAAGGACAGCAAGCAUGUGAUGAUGCACAGCUUGGUCCACAGUAUUAAACAGCACUUGAGAAUGGGGCUAUCACUACAUGCAUUGUCACAUAGAGUGACCAUAGAUGGUAAAGUGAACCUAUCUUGCAAUGCCAGCAUUGCCAUCGUACAUCUCCCUUGAGACUUUCUUGGUAUUAAUUGAUCAUUUUGAAGACACAGUGCAGGUAGUUCCCGAGUUACAAACAUCCAACUUAUAAACAACUCAUAGUUAAAAUCAGAGGUGAGGCAAUAGGAAGUGAGAGAAAUCUACUUCUAGGAAGGGAAAUUCACUCCUGAAUUUCCCUUCUUUUUUCAUGGGGAAAAAGUGUCUCAACUGAAGCUUUAUCACCAAUCCUUGUUUCCAUAAUAAGCCAUUUUUUUUUCAAAAUCCAAAUAUCACAUGAACAGAAAGUGUGGUGAAAUCUUCCAAACCGGGGCACAGACAGCAAAAAAAACAAAAACAAAAAAAAACACACACACACCACCACCACCACCACAGAGAUGUUAACUCUUAUCUGUGCUAUCCAAAGCUUGCUUGCUUGCAUAUAUAUGUGGUUGGAGUUACACUUAAAAAUGUACCUGCUCUGAUUUACAUACUAAUUCCAUACAAACCUACAAAACCUAUCAUAUUAAUAACUUGGGAAAUGCCUGUACAGUAACAUUCCUGAAAUAAAGAGGGAAAGAGGUUUUUUCAGUGUUUGAAAACUUACAAAGAGAAGCCUUCUCAAGCUUUUGAUUUUUCCUCAGUCUUUGAAUAGAUUCAUUGACUAUUCCUCCUCCCCUUCCAGACUAAUAUAUUUCAUGACCCACAAAGCUUGGAGUGCAACCGAGAGAUAAGGAGCAUCAUGAAUAACCAACACUCAAUGAAGACAUCACCAACAUUGGAAACAAGCUAUCAGAAGUCUAGGUAGCAAAGCUAUAGCAUUCUUUAUUCUUGACUGAUAUCUCGACAAUCUUCCAGUGUCACAUGGGAGCCAGGUGGGAAAGAACCAAAAGUAGAUAUUUAAUGUCGAUAGUUUCCUUGAUCUUCAUGUGGCUUCCCCCAACUCUCCUGAUGUUACAUGGGAUGAAGUGGAGAGAGCCAAGAAAUCAAAGGACUUUGCAGCAGGUGUGUGCAAUCCAGGUAAACCACAAUCUGUUUUAGUGUCCCAGAAUUUGGUGGGGGGUCCCAAUUCAUUUUUCAGGGUCCUCCCAAAUUUGAGAGGACAGAAAGUAGUUUCCGAUCCGGGAAGCCAAAGAUUAAUUUUCUAUCCUGCCCAUUGGUGGCAAUGGGGAGGACUUCUCACAGGCUUCCUUUCAGAUCAUUUUAGGCAUUGUUUGUCCUUAUAUCCUUCAUUAAGACAUGUAGAGGAGACUCGGUUUAAUGCUUCAUUAAAGCUGUUUCUACUCUAGAGGAGACAGGAGCUGCAGGCACCCGUUCUUCCCCUGCAGUAGGAAGCCUCCUUAAAAUGGGAAGCAUUUUAAGGAGGCUUCCCACUUCCUAGGGAAGGAAAAGGGAUCAACCUGGAGGUAUCCUACCCUGGGCUUCCUUUAAUGAGCCCUCUCUUGAUUUGGAGGCACUGAAGUUGUGCCUUUUCCUUCUAGUGGCUGCCUCCCUCUCUACACUCCACAUGUAACCGAAAGCAGCAGGUUUUUGACAGCCAGUGUUCAGUUGCAGCUGAUUAAAAAAUGGCAGCAGAGCCCAUGCCAUUAUGGGCUUCCGAACCAACCAAACAGCCAAAGAAAAACAUCCAUAAUGAAUCCAUGCACAAGCCUACUCUACAGCUCUCAACUAGCUUCCCCCAACUUCAGUAAUGCUGUGUAUACUAUUUAAAUGCCCCCCAAUCACACACACACACAAUACCUCUUCAGCUGGAGACUUUUUACUGCCCUACAAGAUCUCUUCCAAUACUGUAUAGUUUUUGAAGAUGCCCGACAGUGAGGAGAUUAUUUUUCUCCAUUGUGGGAAUGCAUAAUUUAAUAUAACACCCCUACUCCGAACUACUGAAAAUAUGCUUUAAUGCCAGUGAUGGCGGAUAGCUCUGGUCUGAGUGGGACAGUGGGUAUGUUAAGGACUUUAUGUCUGAACUUUAAAUCCCAAAGUUUGAAUCCUGUUUAUCCAAACAGAAACAGCACUUGGGUACUGCAUCUACUCUAAAAGUAGGCUAAAACCUAGAGAAGAUUAAUUAGUCCAUUGAUUCUGGAAUUGUCAUUAGCUCACACUAUUUCAGAAACAGCUCACAGGUCCAAGGUACUCUAUGUAAAGUUUUUAUCCAUGUUAUAUUUUUUUUGCGCAUAAGCAGAUAUCAGUCAGGUCCAAUGCAAAAACACACAAACAAGAAGAAAAGGAACAAAAAAAAUCUUUACUCUUGUCAGCAGAGAUACAAAAUCAAAUAGCUCAACAAACUUACACAGUCCUUGUAAGUAGCACAGAGUAAGUUUUCUUCAUCCAAAAGAGUAGAACAUAAAACAAAUAGCUAUUCCAUCAUAGCAAGGAACAUUGCUGUAAAGUCAUUGUUAAUUCAGCAUCACCAAACUGUAUUCUAACAUCCAUACAGUUAUACCCCACCGGGUGUGGUCCAAGCUUGCUUGCUGACCUACUUCAGCAGCUGCUCAUAAUAAUUAACGCCAUAAGGUUUUCUUUAACACACACGCAUAUACUUGAUCCUGUUACUACUUACUGUAGCAAACUCUGGCUAUAUAUUCAGUGACUUUCUCAACAAACCAUUUCAAGGUACUGUCACUUCCAAGUGCCAUGCUUUAUAUACACAAAUACUGUUGCAUUAUUAUUUUUCCUAGCCUUAUUCUCACAGCUCUUCUUGGCUAUGGUAGCAAAUUGUUUGAAACAAAAGGAAAUAAGUAGCUUAUAUAAUAAUCUGAAAAGAUUUUAUUGUCACAUAGUUUUGGAUUGGUCAGAAUAGAACAGGCUCAGAUGUUCUGGAAAAUUGAUAUAAAAGAGACCUCUGUGCACAAAUUUUAAUAAACAUAUUAUUGUGCAAUUCUGUUUCAGAGGACAAGAGAAAAAGGUAAAACCAAGUGAAGUUUAAAUUAGGGACACCUGUUGUUAGCCCAGAUGCAAAAAUUUUUUCCAGGUGGGGUCUGCAAAUGUUUUAAAGUGGGAAACAAGGUUUAAAUGACAAAGGCAGCCAAGGAAGGCUGUAGCCAAGCUCAGUAAUAGGUGAGCUCUUCUUCUUGCCAAGUUUGUGCUGGCACUGAAAACAAGCUGAGCUCGCUGUCUGAUCUUGAGCAACAGUAUCGGGCACUGCGCAAAUAUUAUGAGAACUGUGAGGUGGUUAUGGGAAACCUAGAGAUUACCAGCAUUGAACAUAAUCGAGAUCUCUCUUUUUUACGGUCUAUCCGAGAAGUCACAGGCUAUGUCUUGGUAGCUUUGAAUCAGUUUGAAUACCUUCCUCUGGAGAAUCUGCGCAUCAUUCGUGGAACUAAGCUUUAUGAAGAUCGUUCAGCAUUGGCGAUUUUCCUUAACUACAAAAAGGAUGGUAGCCUUGGACUCAGAAGGCUUGGACUGAAGAAUUUGACGGAAAUCUUGAAUGGAGGGGUGUAUGUUGGUCAGAACAGGUUUCUCUGCCAUGCAGACACGAUCCAGUGGGAAGAUAUUGUUCGCAACCCUCUAGCUUCCAACUUCUCUGUUGUUCCGAAAAACAGCAGUGCCGAUUGUGGACCAUGUCAUAAGUCUUGUGGAAACCGGUGUUGGGGACCUUCAGCUAAUGAAUGCCAGAGCUUAACAAAGGUGGUAUGUGCUGAACAAUGUGAUGGUCGAUGCUAUGGCCGCUCAGUCAGUGAAUGCUGCCAUCGGGAAUGUGCGGGAGGCUGUUCUGGACCCAAAGACACCGAUUGCUUUGCAUGUAUGAAUUUUAAUGACAGUGGGGCUUGCGUCACACAGUGUCCCCAAACUUCAGUUUACAAUCCUGCCACUUUCCAGAUGGAAAACAACCGGGAUGGGAAAUACACCUAUGGAGCGUUUUGUGUCAAAAAGUGCCCACAUAACUUUGUGGUUGAUAUCAGCUCUUGUGUGCGUGCCUGUCCCAGCCCCAAAAUGGAAGUGGAAGAAAAUGGCAUUAAGACAUGCAAACCGUGCACUGACAUUUGCCCUAAAGCAUGCGAUGGCAUAGGAACAGGAAGUCUGAUGUAUGCUCAGACUGUAGACUCCAGUAACAUUGACAAAUUUGUCAACUGCACCAAGAUCAAUGGGAACCUGAUCUUCCUUGUCACAGGGAUUCAUGGGGACCCUUAUCAUACUAUUGAAGCAAUCGAUCCACAGAAUUUAAACAUCUUCCAGACAGUAAGAGAGAUAACAGGGUUCCUGAAUAUACAAUCAUGGCCUGAAAAUAUGACAGAUUUCAGUGUGUUUUCUAAUCUGGUGACUAUAGGUGGGAGAGCCUUAUACAGCGGCUUGUCUUUGCUCAUUCUCAAGCAGCAUGGCAUUAGAUCUCUGCAGUUUCAAUCCCUGAAGCAUAUCAGCGCUGGUAAUGUCUACAUAACAGAUAAUAGUAACCUGUGCUACUAUCAUACCAUCAACUGGACCAGCCUCUUCAGCACUCCCAACCAAAAGACUGUGAUCCAUAGAAACAAGAAAGCAGAAAACUGCACUACAGAGGGGAUGGUAUGCAGUCCUUUGUGCUCGAGAAAUGGAUGUUGGGGACCAGGGCCAGACCAGUGUUUGUCCUGUAGGCAUUUCAUCAGAGGAAGGACCUGUGUGAAGGCUUGUAAUCUUUAUGAUGGAGAAUACAGAGAGUUUGCAAAUGGUUCAGUCUGUGUGGAAUGUGACCCUCAGUGUGAGAAGAUGGAUAACAACAGGAUCACAUGUAGGGGACCGGGACCAGAUCAUUGCACAAAAUGUUUCCAUUUUAAAGAUGGCCCAAAUUGUGUGGAAAAGUGUCCUGAUGGUGUACAAGGGACAAACAGCUUCAUUUUCAAGUAUGCUGAUGAAGACCGUGAAUGCCACUCUUGCCAUCCAAACUGUACUCAAGGGUGUAGAGGUCCCACUAGUCAUGACUGCAUUUACUAUCCGUGGACACGCCAGUCCACUUUACUACAACAUGCUAGAACUCCCCUGAUUGCUGCUGGAGUGAUUGGCGGACUCUUCAUCAUCGUCAUUUUGGGCUUGACCUUUGCAGUCUAUGUGAGGCGCAAGAGCAUCAAAAAGAAGAGGGCCUUACGAAGAUUCUUAGAGACUGAGUUGGUUGAACCCUUGACACCUAGUGGCACAGCUCCCAACCAAGCACAGCUCCGCAUUUUAAAGGAAACUGAACUAAAACGUGUGAAAGUCCUUGGAUCUGGAGCCUUUGGAACUGUGUAUAAGGGUGUCUGGGUUCCAGAGGGAGAGAGCGUGAAGAUACCCGUGGCUAUUAAAAUCCUAAAUGAGACAACUGGCCCCAAAGCCAAUGUGGAAUUCAUGGAUGAAGCUCUUAUAAUGGCAAGCAUGGACCAUCCCCAUCUUGUACGACUCUUAGGUGUCUGUUUAAGCCCAACGAUCCAGCUAGUUACUCAGCUUAUGCCUCAUGGCUGCCUACUGGACUAUGUCCAUGAACAUAAGGAUAACAUUGGUUCGCAGCUUCUGCUAAAUUGGUGUGUCCAGAUAGCCAAGGGUAUGAUGUACUUAGAAGAAAGAAGACUGGUUCAUCGAGACUUGGCAGCUCGAAAUGUCCUGGUAAAAUCACCAAACCACGUGAAGAUCACGGACUUUGGCCUGGCCCGACUAUUGGAAGGGGAUGAAAAGGAAUACAGUGCAGAUGGUGGGAAGAUGCCGAUUAAAUGGAUGGCUCUUGAGUGUAUACAUUACAGGAAAUUCACACAUCAAACUGACGUUUGGAGCUACGGUGUCACUAUUUGGGAGCUCAUGACCUUUGGUGGAAAGCCCUAUGAUGGAAUCCCAACAAGAGAAAUCCCUGAUUUGCUUGAGAAAGGGGAGCGCUUGCCACAGCCUCCUAUCUGCACCAUUGAUGUUUACAUGGUGAUGGUGAAAUGUUGGAUGAUUGAUGCUGACAGUCGACCUAAGUUCAAAGAGCUAGCUGCUGAAUUUUCAAGAAUGGCUCGAGAUCCUCAGAGAUAUCUGGUCAUUCAGGGUGAUGAUCGUAUGAAGCUCCCAAGCCCAAAUGACAGCAAGUUUUUCCAAAAUCUGCUGGAUGAGGGAGACCUGGAAGACAUGAUGGAUGCUGAGGAAUACCUGGUUCCUCAGGCAUUUAACAUUCCACCACCCAUCUACACUUCCAGAGCAAGAAUGGACUCCAACAGGAGUGAAAUUGGACACAGCCCUCCUCCUGCCUACACCCCUAUGUCAGGAAACCAGUUCAUCUACAGAGAUGGGACGCUGGCUGCAGAACAAGGAGUUCCUUUGCCAUACCGAGCUGCCAUACCAAGCAUAGCACCUGAACCUCCCAUCUUGCAAGGUGCUGCAGAAAUCUGUGAUGAUACUUGUUGCAAUGGCACUUUACGGAAACAGGUAGCUAGUAUUUCACAGGAAGACAGUAUCACUCAGAGGUACAGUGCUGACCCAACUGGCUUCAUAUCAGAGCGGGGGCCAAGAAAUGAGCUGGAUGAAGAUGGCUACAUGACUCCAAUGCCAGAAAAGGCAAAAGCAGAUCAUCUACAUCCAGUGGAGGAGAACCCAUUUGUGUCUCGGAGGAAGAAUGGUGACCUGCAAGCCCUGGACAACCCAGAAUAUCACAACAACAGCCAAAAUGGGCCACCCAAAGUGGAGGAUGAAUAUGUGAAUGAGCCAUGGUACCUCAACACUUUUGCCAGCACCUUUGAGAAUUCUGAAUAUCUGAAGAAAAAUGGGCUUCCAUUGCCUGAGAAGCCCAAGAAGGCUUUUGAUAACCCAGGUUACUGGAAUCACAGCCUGCCUCCACGAAGUACCCUACAGCACCCGGACUACCUGCAGGAAUAUGGCACAAAAUAUUUUUACAAACAGAAUGGAAGGAUCCAGCCCAUUGUGGCAGAGAAUCCCGAAUACCUCUCAGAGUUCACCCUGAAGCCCGGCACUAUGCUGCCUCCUCCACCCUACAGACACCGAAACACAGUGGUGUAAUCUCAGAAGACUUCAAGAAAUGAGGAAUCCAUACCAGCACACUCUUUUCUCUCUCCCCCCUCUCUUUUUCCUCCCUCCCUUCCUCUCUUAAUUUCUCUUCUCCUUUUCUUAACAGUCCCCCUACCCUCCAUCCUGCCCCCAAUUUGAUGUCUACAAAUCGAAGGCUAUAUUUAAGUCAUUUGUUCCAGAAAGCUGGGAAGAGCGAAGCACAGAUAAAAGCAGAACAGCCAGCCGCUCCUCACUUUUCAUGCAGCUGGAAAAGCAGGAGGUCAGACAAGCCCAUGAAUACUAGUACAAGCCAGUGGCAGUGUUGCCUGCUGUCAAGCUAGUUCUCCGUGUAGGGAUUCAGUUUGGAAGCUGCAGGGAAAGUCACACAGUGUCAAUUUCUAUUAGCAGGAAAUGCUGAGCACUGCUGGAGAAUUCCUGGAGAAAGCAAUGCCAUUUUGGAAUGGCGGGUGGGGCUGUGAGGUUAAAAAAGGACAAUUUUUAUAUCAUAAGUAAUGACAUAGUAACUGAGAUUGAGAAUCCAAUUUAUUUCUUUAACAUUUUUUAUUCUGCCACCUAAACACAAUGCCUAACUGAGCUUGCUAUACCCAUUGGCUUCGCCGGAAUCCAUUCUAAGGAAUCAUGUCAAAAGAUCCGAAAACUCUUCUCUUCUGCCAGUUCCCUUUUUGCAUCAUUUUGGAUAGUUUGGGGUCUGUUUCCUAAUAGGAGAGAUCCCAUUAUGCCAUGUUUCUGUGCAUAGCAGCACCACAGGUUUUCUACAGAUCAAAACAAGAACAAACAUUUUGAGAGCAAAAAUUAUUUCAGGAUUCAAAUAACAAAAUUAUAGGGUAACACAAGCAUCGUGCAUCCUGAGAGCAAAAUACUUACCAAGAUUUAUAUGCAUAGAGCCUCUUGUUCAUAUUUUAUACUUUUUGAAUACAAAAUAUAAUAAUUCUCCCCUCCAUUUCUUUUUAUCAACUGAAAUUUGAAAGCACUAGGCAACACUGAAAAUUGUAGAGAGUGGAGGAGAAAAUUAACUUUUUAUUUUAUUUUAUUUUUCCUUUUGGGUAAAAUCCACCUGCUGCUAAGGAGGCAAGGAUGGGAGGGAGACUUUAAACUGGAAAGAAGACAGUGGCUGGGUAAAAUGCACAUGGCAGAUCACUGGAAGAUUAGUUUGCACUUGUUUUGCCUUGGGUUUCUUUUGUUUAUCUUCACUUUGAACUGUAUUCUGGAAUCUGAAUGAAGCAAUAUGGAAGCGACCAGCAAAAUAAAAUAAUUUAAAAUGUAAAAUGAAUUAUUAUAAUAUAUUAUAUAUUAAAAAAUUAAAAAGAGGACUGUGGAAAUGCCAAAACAAAGUGAAAUCAAGUCUUUGGAACUUCACCCAUCGACGCAGCGACUGCUCAUGGGAAUAUAAUGGAAGGAUAACUAGUGUUGAAGUUGCCUCGUGAAGGAAAAUGGAGCAAACAAAAAUGGACUUGUGGGGGGAAGGGUAGAGAAGAUGGACAGGACUUACUUGAACUAACCAUGUAAAAACUACUGUGAGACAACUGUCUGAGAAUUAUUGCUCUAGCACAAAGAAGAAAUGCUAAACAAGGAUUUGGAAAUUAGGAUUGUGCAAAGCUGUUAUGUUCUUCAUCAUAUCUGUAAAUAAUUUUCAUGCACUUACAAAUUUCUCUUCACCUUUGGCUUUUGACAUGCUGAUUUUUUUAAAAAUAUAUUGUUUAGCUUCUUUAAUUGAAUUUUAAUUGUAGCUUCCACAGUGGAAUAAGCCAGCUGGCACAAAGGCAUGGGGAAAAUUGCCUUCAUUGUCCUACCUUAAUAUAUUUGAAGGAGACUAUUGGAGAAACAAGAGUAUCAUAGCAUAUGCACUUUAGUAUUCAUUAAAGUACAGAGCAGAGUAUAAUAGGAAGGGAACAGUGUAGAGCGCUCUUCUUUGUGUUGACUCUUAGCAUGGCAGCAAAGCAGUGGCUGAAACAAAGCAAGACCUUCUUAAGAAUUUAGAGAAAUGUAUUAGAGAAACAUGGUAGGGAGUGUUUUGUGAUGUCCUCCAAGCUUACUCUGAUAAGCAAAUUUAGCUUAUGCUUUCAGGAGAUUACACAUAACACAAUAUUAUAUAGCACAAAGCCUAAACAUAUCAGGCAGAGAAGAACCAGGGAGUGGAAUCCAGUCCUGAUGUAGUUUCACACCAUGCACAACGUGACCAGUGCAGAUUUCUACAACACAUUCCUUUAACUCUCAUGGUACUUGGUGUGCUCAGGCAACAACAGCUCCAUAUUGGUGAUCUCCAUAUAGCAGAAAUGGAUAACUAUGACACUUGGAUAACUGUUGAAAUUCAACAAAUUGAUUUCAUAAGUUUAGUAAGGAAAUUUGGACAGUUCUGGCUUUUCUGAAAGUGGCAGAGACCCACUUUAGUUCAGAGACCCAUGAGUCCUGUGCAGGUGGCCCAUCAAAAUAAUGAAAGUAUCCAAAGUAUUUAAAAUUAAUUUAAAUACUUUGGAUUAAUAAGCAGACUAAAAAGAUUCUGGCUACUAUGCUGUAUUCCCCUUCAUCUGCCAAUUUUUCCCCUGUAAAUGGUGAUCUAGGGCCAGCUGUUUUCAGAAGACUGUCAUAUUUCGGGUGAGUAUGGUGGCAAUGAAGAAAAAUGUUAUUAAAACAUAAUAAGGUUAUGCAUACUGUUAGCACUGUAAAAACAACAAUAACAAAAACGUUAAGUGACAAAGCUACCAUUGUUGAAGUGGCCCCAAGGGAGCUCCCUUUAUUAUUUUUAUUUAUUUAUUUAUUUAAAAUGUUUAUCUAUGGGAUCCCAAACAUAUCAAGUUUCCUAAGCUAAAACAAUACAGAGGUAAAAUGUUGGGGGGCGGGGAGAGAACAAAUUAAAAUAUUACUGUUGAACAAUUUAAGCAGACCUUUAAGAUAAGUUUAAAGCUACUUGUGUGCUUGCUUACUUGGUUUGGUGGCUGUACAUGCAUUUUUGCUGCCCUUGGGAUCUGGUACACUUCUUUUAUGCUCAUAAGAGCCUAACUCAUUGAUUCCCUUAUCAACAACAUUGUCUUCUACUGCCAUUGAGAUCUCCAUAACUUAUGAUUAUAACGGUGCUUGGUGUCUCCUUUCCUUGUUCUAGAGAGGGACUGGACAGAAACAAGUACUACUUUUUCUGGGGUUUUUUUACAACACUAACUUCAUAAAAACUCACCAGAACUGGUAUAAAAUUGAUCAAAAUUUUUGUUUUCUUAACAUCAUGGCAUUGGAUUGCACUCUGAGCCAGCCCUCCUAGGACCAUAGGAGUAUGGAAGCCUCUGUAUCUUCUAUUACAGUAUAGGAUCUUAUGAUAUACUCAUCCUUUUAAUGAAAUAGGCUGAGUUUUGAGUGACAGACUGAUGCAUUCAGAGUCCAUUUCUGCUGUGAGGUACUUUUCAUUAUGUAUAUCUUAUGCCUUUUAACUAUUUCCAAACUAUGCAUUUGUGAGAAUAAAUACUAAAAAAAGCCUAAAUAAAUAAUCAAAAUGGACCUAUAUACUGUAUGAACAAAUGAGCUUCCUUGGGCUAGAAACCAUAAAAGUUUCUACUAUGUUUCCUUAAAGAGUAGGCAGAAUAAUCCCUAAUUUUAUCCAGUUUGUCAAAUUCUGCAUAUAGUGUUAGACUUCCCAGUUGUAAAAUUACAUUUUAGGAUUUUUUUUCCUUAAAUGUAAGCAUUAUUUAAAUUGUUAUGGCAAGUAUAAAUCAUGGCUUCUUCCAACAUGUUUAAUCUGAAAUAUUUGAAUCUAAGCUUCAAAUAGAUUUGAGUACUGUGUGAAGAAAGAAAGAGUGGGGAGGAAGAAGUGCUUUCAGUUGCCUUCAUAUGACGAUAGAUGCUCAAUUGUCCUGAUCCUUGAGGCAAAGGACCUCCUCACACAUGUCACUGGAAUAGCUGAGGAUCACCGCGGAUUGCGGCGAUUGUGGAGGUGCCCAGUGGGGCGUAAGAGCCUGCCCCCCAUAUCCUGCAAAGUCCCAGCUUCCCUCCUAUCUCAUCACAUGGGAGGAAGUGUCAGGCAGCUAGCUCAACCUGUAGAUUUCUAUGGAUGCCUCCCUUCUUUCACCACUAGCAAUUUUUUGGCGAUGGUAGGGUUGUUGUUUUUUUGUUGUUGUUGUUGUUUUGCACUUUCACCAUGGAAGUACUUCUCCAGGGUGUGAUGGAAGCUGGUUGACUCUGACAAAACUGCUAAAAACUUGUUGCUGCUGCUGAAAAAUAGCCCACGUGAAGAGAUCCAAAGUUACAUUGGACCUUCUUGGUCUUAAAUGAAGAAUGUGCCAUAAGUCUUGAGGAAGACAGAUAUGUGCCACAUGAGGAGCCUCAAGGGUCCUAUAAGACUCAAUUUAUUCAGUCCACUCCAUAGUAUUUUUGAAA